GUUUGGGGUCUGUGGGGGCGUGGCUGUCUGCGCGCUCAGCCGGGCCCGUUGGGUGCUUUUCCCCAGCCCUUUGCUUCCCGCCCCUUUGCUGAGCGCGGAGGCAACGAGGAAGCGGAAGGGGACCUUAUCAGUCUCCAGUGUACGAGCAAGGCGUAAGGGUGGGAGUAACAAUCCAAGGGGCUGGGGAGAUUUGGGCAGCGGAGCGGGACCUUUCAAGAUCGGCCUUUAGGCUGCAGGGAUCUGGUACCGGCGUCGCAACGGUGCAUCCAUGCAGCAGGUAGGACUUGGGCCCAAAUGCUAUUCCUUGAAGAUCGGUUCUUCCCUUUCCAGGAUGUGUAUCGAGAAGACUUCAAAUGCACCACUAAGCUCGCGUGUUAGCUAGAAAGUAAAAUGCAGUGGGACUGACUUCUGGAGAAAUGUGUAUCGGAUUGUAGCCUCGGAGCCCCGGCUGUCGGAAGUGAGAUUAGUAAAGGGCUCACUUCCUUAGAGCGGGUCUGGAGGGAAGAGAUUCGUUUCCUUGGGGCGGAUCUGGAUCGGUAAAGGGGCGCGGGGGACGAUUUAGAAGACGGCAGAAAUCAUUGACGUUAAACUCCUGCCCCAAAGAGAACGGGAAGGAGUGAAAUCGAUUGGGGAUUAAGAAGGAAUGAUGGAGAACUUUGGGAAGCUAAAUUGUCCUUUGCAAAAAAUAUAUUACAUCAACACAGUUUGACAGGAGUGACGUGGGACCUGAAGUUGAAACUGGAAGCAGAGGGAAUAAUGUGGGUGGAAUACUUUGCAUUCGGGAUGAAGCCAGGAGGCACUGGACACUAUUUGGGGAGAGGACAGGAGAAUGGGUUGGGUAUGUUGGCGUUAGUAACGUUCCAACAGACUAGAAGAUCCAGCUUUUUUACAUAAUUGGGCCCUCAUCCUGGAUGUUGGACGUUUAUUUAUUUAAUCACCCCUUGUGUGGAACUGAAUGCUGUAAAUCUUUGGUCUUUCAGUAGCACAGAAUAAUGAAAAAGAAUCAGUCUUUCAAAUGUCAGGUGAUCGUCAUUGCUUUUCUGACUAGUCCUGCCUUGUUUAUGAAAUUUGGAUACCUAUUGUGUGUAAAAAAAAGAUGACUUUUAAUUCCACAUUAAAUUUUAUGGAUUUAAAAAAAUUGUGUAAACUACUGACACAACAUAGAAUAGCCCAAAACAAUUAAAAAGUGUGCCAAGAAUGUAAACUUGAAGGCUUGGGUUCCAGCUGAUGCUUUCUAACAAAUAUAUUUCACAGAACUUUUUUGGGGGGGGGGAGAGAUUACUUCCAUAUAUGUUUUAGGAUUGGGUUUGAGGCAGAGAGGAGUGAUUGAUAGUCAUAUGUAAUGAAACCAUUAUGAAACAACUGCAUAUCCCUUUGUAAAAUGUGUAAUACUGAUGUUCAUUUCAAUGAGUGCUGCACUUUUAGUCUGAAUUCUGGGAUUAUUUUUGUUGGUUAGUAUAUUUUUGGUGGUGGUGCUUGAAUUUUGAUUUCUGUUGUGGGAAGGAAAUUGCAUUUUAUAUAGUGCAACAUGAUCCUAUGUGUAUUUGCUCAUAAGUAUGUCACACUGAAUUCAGUGGGACUUACUUCCAAGUAAGUGUGCACAGUUUUGUAGUGUUAUUGUCCUCUAUUGUACUCUUGAAUUGUUACUUUUUUGAAAGUUGUUUUGGCUUUACGGUACCAUGCUUUCAAUCACUUUGCAAUUUUUUUGAAGUUCACUAGUUUAAUCUGCAUGUGCAUUGUGUGUGUGUAUGUAUGUGUGAAAUACAGAAAAUGUGUUGUGGGUCACAGCAGAAUAUGCUGACAUAGCAUUAGGUAAACACUGAACUCAGUAAUGUGAAAGUAGUAAUAAAGAUUUCAGUAGCAUCUGAGCACAUUUGUUAAACCCUCUGUAACUAUUGGGCAAACUGGCUGGUCACGUAUGUCUUAAGGGUGGGGAACUGUUUUGAAUCUGGUUUGAGUUUAGCUGCGGUUAUUCCAAAUGCUGAAAAACCCAUGCUAUAAGAAAGCAACAACAACAAAAAGUAAAAGAGAAAGAAUGUCUUUAGGAAACCAUAGCUCUUUCUUUAGCUAUUUGAAGUGAAACCCUUAAAUAACUCCCACGUUUUCAAAUGCAAAACUUAAAAAAAAUGGCGUGCAAGUGGUGCGUUUUGGGUUUGUGUUGGUUUGGUUUUUUGUUGUUGUUUUUAAAAACAACAAGCUAAUGUAUUAGUUGUUGGGGUUGGCUUGGCGAGGAAAAUAAACCUGGCACUCUUCUGGUUUGGUGAGGAGAAAAGUCGCCGUAUUUAAGGGCGAUUCGGAAAGGUGCUGAGCAAUUGGGAAGUGGGUGUGUGGGGAGUUGUUGGAAAUCUUUGUAGCCUUGGCCAGUCCCAGUCCUAGAGAGGCAGACACACACACACAUACUCGCACACACACUCGCUCGCGCUCUCGCUCACACACACACACGAGAGAGAGAAAGAGAGAGAGGGAGGGAGGAGGCGGCAGCGAAGCUGCUUGCUGCAUCUAGGAAUAUGAAUUUCCCCCCUCAGUAGGUCGGAUCGCCUCGGCUCCAUGGUGAGGAGAAAGAAGAGCCCCCCUGGCCCAGAAGACCCACACAAUGGGUAGGAUGGGGUGGGGGAGAGUCACUUUUUAGGGGACAUUUCUCUCUCUCUCUAUCUCAUAUUUUCCCCUCUCUCUUUUUGCUGGCCUCUCUCCCCGUGUGCCGACGAGGGUGCUUCCCCCCCCCUCCGGCUCCUCCUUUCCGUGGCUGCCGAACGCUUUCCCCCCCAAACGCCCGAGUUUGCCUCGGCGGUUUUCCUUGCCAAAGGCGCCCUUAACCUUCCCGGCGAGGGGGCAGGGGGCUGCCCGGCGGCGCUGGCUACCCUUUGGAGGGGUUCCUGGCCUCCUUCCCCCCCUCCCCUCGCUUCCCCACCACCGGCACAGGUUGUUGGGUCGGGACAAGCCAACGAAAGGGGAUUUAGUAACAAACAACGGCGGCCAUGUUGAGAGGAAUUUCUGCAGCUAAACUUCUCCCCUCUGAAGGCAGGCUGUGUGUGUUAUGUGUGUUUGCGCGUUGUGGGUUUGCAUUGUGCUUCGGGGUGUUUUAUAUUUUUUCCUUGUUCCUCUGAAGGGGUCUCUUGGUUGACUUUGUGCCCCCUCCCCACUUUGUCUCUGUCUCCUUCUCCUUCUCCUCCCCCCUUCCUCCUCUUCCUCCACAUAGGAUGACAGUGAAGCUGGGCGAAAGCAGCAGCAGCAGCAGCAACACCAGCACGACUACUACUGAGGAAGGCUUGAGGAAACUGGGCAAGCGAGCAGGUGAAGAAGAGUCCCUGGAAGAAGGAGCAGGCGAAGGAGGAGAGGCAGCUCCCAGCACCAGCAGCACAAAGGAAGAAGAGGCGAUCACUCAAAGCAACACUAACCGGGGGCCCUUCUUGGCAACCUCCACUUUGCCCCAAGCCCCCUCGUCCUCCUCCUCCUCCUCCUCCUCCUCCGUCCAGCCUGCCCACAGCAACGACCAGCAUCAUUUCCUCAGGUCCAGUGUCAGACCUCAGAGCAAGAGGUUAAGGAAGGAUUCUCAGGCAUCCUGCGCAGUUGGAGGUGGCAGCAGCAGCAAUGCAACCGCUGCUGCAUCAGCAGCAAAAGGAAAAGGUACAGUAUUGACCUCGCACCCCUCCUAAAACACACAUGCCACGGGGAGGAAGGUGCCUUUGGCAUCCGUUGCCCUUGACGCCUUGCUUGGGUGAUUGUUCUUGCUUUGCGUUUCUGCCACUGCUUUCGUGCAUCCCGAGGUUUUUCGCUUGAUAAAUCUGUAGUUUUGUUUAUUCCCCAUAUGCAUAGAAAAGGGACCAGGAGCCUAUUACUAAAGGGCAUUUUUUAAGAAUCCCUGGAGGGGGUAGCGUUGCUGCUGCAGCAAAAACAGCCAAGUCUUGUGGUGCCUUAAAGACUCACACAUUUAUUAUAACAUCACAUUUGUGGACCAGAGUCCAUUUCAGCAUCUGAUGAAUUUGACUCCAGUUCACAAAAGAUUAUGCGUUAAUCAGUUCGUGAAUCUUUAAGGCAUCACAAGACUUUGCUUUUGCUUUAACUAACUGUGGUAAGCUUUAAAAGCCAUGGUCAGUUGAUUGGGGUGGGGGUAUUAAGUUAGAAGUGAGCUAGAGGUUUGACUCCCUGAUUCCAUCCUGAGUAGCUAGCAUUUGGCCUUUUUGUCAUUUCAGUUGUUACCAAAUAACUAAUUAGUAUUUAUCGUCCUUGUCAAAAGUUUAUUUGUGAAACUAGUUGUGAUAAAAGAUUUAAUUCUGGGGCAUGUUUGGUUGUGUAUGACACUAAGCCAUGGUUUAUUGAACAUUGGUUUGUUAAACCAUAGUUUGUUUGAUCAACUAUGCCCUCUCUAGAGGCUUCACUAGGCUUUGAUUACUUCCAUUGAACUGCAUUCUGAAGCUUAGGAACCUUGAUUGUUUUAACUGUUGCUUGAUGUUGUAUACAAACUCAGCACCUUCCUUAACCAUGGUUGGUUUGUUCACUCCUACCUUAAGCACUAAUUAAGUCACGAAGGCAUGAGGCAAGAGCAUUUUGAAAACAAACCAAGCUCUUACAAAGUAAGCCAUGGCUUGCUGGUUGUCUGUGGGACAACACCUGGUUUGAUAAAUAGACCGUGGCUUGGCAUUGCUGCAUAAGUAUCAUAACCCAUGCUGCCUUAUGCUCUUGAUCAGUGAACCUUUUAUGUGUUUGGCUUAAGCAUGGUGGAUAGCUGAACAAAUUAUUGUUCUUGAGGAUAUACAGCCCUUAUUCAUUGCCAUCUAACUCGUUAUUGUGUUGGUUGGUUGGAAGGCAUUUUAGGUAAUCCUCAGUACCAAUAUUUGACUAAGGCAGGCAUAGGCAAACUCUGCGCUCCAGAUAUUUUGGGACUACAACUCCCAUCAUCCUUGGCUAACAGGACCAGUGGACAGGGAUGGUGGGAAUUGUAGUCUCAAAACAUCUGGAGGGCCGAGUUUGCCUAUGCCUGGACUAAGGUUUUAUUAUAAAGAACUUUCUACAUCCCAGGAUUUAUUUUAUUAUCAAAUUGCCUUUAUAGGAAAAAAUUAAAUAUUUAAGACUUUAAAAACAACAACACAAAAAUGGUAAUGAACAGCUUCAUCUGUUAAAAAAUAAAUCCUCCCAACAUAUAUUGGAUGCUGAGAGACCUAUUUUUUAACAACAACAGCAAUAAUAAUAAUGCUGAACAGAAGCACAUUUCAUAAGAUGCUGCCUAUUUAUGCAAACCAUCUAAAUGCUGGAAGAUUUCUUUUAAAUAAGAAUUGCAGCACCUUUUAUAUAAAUAUGUAUUAUAGAAGUCAUUAAUGAAGAUAUUGAUGAGAAGUCUGAUGUCAGAUCAUAUUCCCAAAGUCCAGAGGAUUGAUCUCAAUAUUUUCUCAUCACACAAUUGGUUCUGUUUUAACUUACUAUCAGGGCAGCGAGUACAAAAGCUUGGGGAUUCAUUGGGGAAAUAGACAUUUUGACUGCAAACCCAGUAAAAGGGAAAAAUGAUUCUAUCACAUUGUGCAGAAAUCCCAUUUUGGUUGCUUAGUGUAUUUCUCCCUUGCGCUAUUUCUUAAAUAUGCAUCCAUAUACCAGCCCCAUGAAAUCUUUAGCCCCAAUCCAGUGCUAGUCGCACUAGUAGCCCCUUACGUAGAUGCUCAUUCCCAUCUACAACAAAAGACACACCUAGCCAUAUUAGUGGUGUCUAGAUAAGCAUCUCAUAGCAUAUUUGCAUUUUCUGUGCAAGCUUAUCCUCCAUUGGCACUCUAUUGUUGAAUUGGGGCAUUUUCCUUUAAAAGAAGGUUUUGAUAAUCUGAAGUUGAUCUAAUUUUUAUUUUAUUGUUUACAAUUAAGGAAAACAUAUAGGAUUCAGCAGUAUGCAAGCUGAUCUGAUUAUUAGUAAUAAUUAGGAACAUAGGAAGCUGACUUCUGUGAAGUUAGAUGUCCAACUAGCCCAGUAUUGUCCACUCUGACUGGCAAUGUCUCCCCAGCAUCUUCAAAAGAGGUAUUUCACAUCACCUGCUACCUGAUCCUUCUAACUGAAGAUGUCAGAGAACGAACCUUGGAAUCCUGUGCUCUUCCACUAUGCUAUGGUCCAUCUCCAGUGUUUUUUUAAUUGCAUUGGGCAACUUUUACCCCUGUUUCUGCAGAAGCCACAUUGAAUUGUAUGGCAGUUCUGUAGAAGUGCAGCCAUGUUCUUGUGUAGUUUGUGCAGAGCUAUGCCACAUGCUGUGUCCUUAGGCAAACUGGGCACAUAGGCUCUGGAAAGCAAACAGAAAUACAGGAAACUAUUGGUUUGCAUUUUGUUUUGUUUUUGCAGUCCUGUUGCUGAAGAGACAAGCUUCUUUUCAACUUACCUCUUCAGCGGUGGCAAAAAUCUCAAGUAAAAUUUUCUGUUUGUCCUUCUAUGUGUGAGUCCAUGAGUUAGUGAAUUCUGAAUCCUAAAUUUAAAAACGGACAUAUUGGCUAAUCUUUAAGCCUAAAUUUCUAUAUUGCAGAUGUUGAUGGGUGUGAUUUCCAUAUAUGUGUCUGUGUGUGAUAUAGCUUAUAAAUUAAUGAUACAUGUGUGAAAUUCAUGAAUUAGACUCUCAGACAGGCAUGUUUUAAUACAGGGGUCGGCAAGGUUUACCUCACCUGGGCUGGUUCACUCCAGUGGAGAUCCCUCCAUGGGCCAGAUCGUGCGUGCACCUGCAAUUUCCGGCAUCUGCGCAGAUGCGAUUUCCUGCACCGUGGAAGCAAGUCCCCGUAUCGCACUGCACUGGUUUAGUGCAGCACGCGGGGACUCGCCAAGUGGGCAGCUUAGUUCGGGGGUGGCUCGUGGGCCAGUUAAACGACCCCCGUGGGCCGCUUGUGGCCCAUGGGCCUUAGGUUGCCAGCCCCUGUUUUAAUAGUUCCUACAUUAUAUUUAUCCAUGUAAAGCUAUCUGUAUUUGCAGAAGUGCAGCAUUUUAAAGCCCCUAACAGUCUUUGGACUUUCUUUCAAUCAUGUAAUGAAGCAUCAAUAAGCAUUCUUUAAAAAACCCAACUUGGGUAGCUUUUUCUUUCAAUAUCUUGGAGCUUUGUUUUGACUUGAUCUGAUUCUACCUGCAUGCAACAAUAGUGGCUCCUCAGGGGAAUGCACAUUCCCCUUAAAAAGGAUUUCUCUAGCCAGGACAGUGAGUCAGGAUGAGCCUGUGAUGAGGAUGCAUAUCCAGAGGUGCUUCAGUUGUGUGUGUUCAAGCCCACUUUUGCACACCAAUUUCCCUUGCCGAAACGGGGUGCGUUAACUAUUUUAUCUUUCAGAAUUUUAGCAUAUAGAUCUGUGGAAUGCUUUCAAAAUUCAGCAUAUGUGCUUACUUCAACUACGGUACACCUGACAUCACCAGAUUUUUAUUUUUUUUGUUAUAGCUGAGAGAGAAAUACAAAAAAAUAAUGAAUUGAGAUUCUGCAGUUUUAUUGAAGUGUCAUGGGACACUUCUUUCUGCCCCCUUCUUUUCUAAAAUGCAUUUCCACUCCCUAGUUAUCAAUUUGUAGAUCUCAAACAGGUUUUCCCUCUAUUUCUGGAUUUGUUCACAGCAUCAGUGCAAGUUGCAGGCAAGGUAGAACUGCAUGGCCUCCACUAGAGCUGUCCUUCAGAAUCCUUGCUUUGCCCUUGUGUUCUAGUGGAAUUAGAAGCCAUUCUUAUGUUGAUUUAGCAGACAAAUUGUUCAGGAAGAUAAUUUCACAUUGUUUUUCAGGGAGUGCUCCUUUCAAAAUCCAUAUAUAUGUCUUCUGGGAAUGUUCAAGAGAGGUGUCAGGAGAGAACUAACGACAUGCUCAUUAAACCUAGUGUUUAAUUUUAAGUGGUUGCUAGCUGUAUCCCAUUGGUUUGAGCUUGAUUGUGUCUUAGUAAUGAACAACCCUUAAGUGAUGUGUUCUUGUGAUAUUUAUAUUUAGAGCAACCUCUGAUAGGUUCGAUAGCCGAUUGUAAGUUUUAGAAAGUGCUAGGUUACAGUAUUAUUUUUAUUUCAAGUAUUUAUAUUCUGCUUUUCAUCAGAAAUGAUUUGCAAAGCAGUUUGCAAAGUAAACUCAAAAUGAGAUAAUGUGAUACAAUAUAUAAAACAAUAGAAUAUAAUCAGGAUUACACUUGCUCAAUGCACAUCUCUACUCAUUGCUCACAAAAAUUCCACGCUCCUCUUUCAAUCACAUUCACCUACUAAUGCACACUCCUUCAGUUUCAACUAUUAUGAUAAAAUACGAGUUAAAUAGAGAUAAAAUAGAGUUAAAUGAAGAAAAAUGUGGAGUACUCUGGGAUGGGGGUAAGAACUGCAUCCCUGUUAAAUCUUUACAGAUUUCCUGCUGAUUAAAUUUUAUACACUGUUCUUCUUGUCAGCCAUGGCUUUUCAGUAAGUUUUUUGCACUCCUUUAUCUCUGAUUCUAUUCACAUGUAAUGCUAAAAUUACUGCGGUGAGUGAUAACAGCAGCCGCACCCCCCAAGGAAAAUUCUAUAAAUAUUUCAGAACCAAUAGUCAAGUGUCUUUUAAAAUUUUAAAAUUUUGGACAUGAAUUGUGAACAUUUUUAUCAGCAUAAUUUACUGUGUUUUCUGUGGUCAGGAAUUGUUUCGGAUCAUAACCCUUCCCAUCUCUGAUUCUUAGUUGCAAGAGAUCGCUACAGAUACUCAUCUUGGUGUGAAGAAGGGUGAGGAAUUUGUGACCCUCCAGAUGCUGGACUCCAGCUUCCAUCAGGCUCAACCAGCAUGGCCAAUGGUCAUGGAUGAUGGUUGUUGUAGUCGACAACAUCAGGAGAGCACAAUGUUGGCAACCCCUAGAUUAGCCCUUGGCUGAAUUGUUCUUAUGCCUUAUUUUACAAUAGUUGUGGAAUGCCAGUUCAGACAUUUAGAAUGGCUUGAAGCACAAGAUGUACUGCUUUAUGAAAAAAAUGGCUGACAACUCACUUGGGGCGUGUUCUCGGGGCAUUUCACUGCUGCUGAGUUCUGUUUUAGUGCUACAUUUUGUACAGCUGUCUUGCCACUUUCUCUGUGUGGGUUACAAAGGCUACAUCGUGCCUAACAUGUAGCAUGUGAAGGCACAGAUUUUGUCGUGCCCUAAUAGACAGCUAGUCGGUGCAUCUGUACAAAAGUAUCCUAGCAGUAAUCUAACCUUUAUGUUUACAAAUCUUUGGGGCCAGAAUCCUAAAAAAAACCAGGCUGAUGAAAUUCCAUUUAGUCAGCAUUAAGUAUCCCAUGUAUAGGAUGCAAUCUUGGCUUAUAAAGAAAAUGAUACCUAUUGAGUCUGUGGAUUGUAAAUCUCACCCUUUUAGAAUUACAUAACUUUUCUGCUUCAUAGUUUUGAACAGGCAAUGGUAUAAAGCAGUGUCAUCUCAGAUGUAUUCAUAUUCAUUGCUAAGACCAUUUGAAACCAAGAUUACCUACUGAUUAAGUGAGCUUUACACACACACUGUUCCAAAGUGGAAAUUUUCAGGAUUCUGAUAGAAAUCAGCAAGGUAAUCAUGUGCAUGCCAAAGAGGUGAGUGUUGCUCACCUCUCUUUAGCACGAUGUGCAGCUCCACCCUCACCCACCCAAAAGAAAUUGCAAGAUACAAAGUUUAGAUGCUUUAAAAGGGCAAUGGUUAAUUCCAGAAACAGAAAAGGAAUUAUCCAGGAAGUUUCUUUCCAGAAGUCUGAGGGUAUCUGUUGUCCCUUUGUUGUUGCUGAUGUUCAUUUGCUUUAAAGCGACCUGAUCUUUAUCUUCGAAUUUUAAAAAGCAAGUUUGUCUCCUGGCUCUUAGAUUUCAGUACCCAUUGAAACUGGCAUAUAGUUAUGACAGAAGAUCUUAUUUUUAACAUGUAUUCCCCUGGAAACUAUGGUGUUCUUGAGUUGCUUUAACUGUUGUUUGUUCAAACCUCCUCUCUACUCAGCUGAAUUCUUUCAUUAUAUUGAUAGUCUCCCCUCAUUGCUUUAUCUCUCACUCUAUCUGCCACCCUCCCCUCCCCAAUAUCUUGCAAAUUAUACUUCAUUAAUUCAACAUAAAAUGACAUUUCCCUCUUGGCAUUCUUGCACUAAGUUAGAAUGUGAUACCUGUGUAUUUUUAAUGUGUGACUCUAUUCUUUCCUGUGUGAUAUGUUCUACAUUUUUCAUUGUUGUUUUCAGUUUGAAUGACUAAACUGAAUCACUGCUGGUAUAUACACCAGUAGACCAACACAAAUAAUGAUGUGGUGGUGCUGUAACAGUGAUUGCACCAGAUACUAAUUAUUUACGAGCUGGACCAGUUCUUUAUACCAGUAGGUGUUGGGCCUGGCAUGGUAUAUAUCUCGAUAUAGCACUUUUAAAUUCCACCCCACCCCCCAGUCAGUGCUGCAUUAUGCAACUAGUGUUGUAUUAUAAAAGUAGCGGCUCUAGGCCUAGCCACUAAGAAUGUCCCCUCUAACUGAUGGAAAAACCCAGUUUUAUGAAAAUCAUGAGCCCCAGGUGAGCAUGUUAACCUGUUCAAUAAAUUUAGUACUCAUCAAACAGGCUUGUUUGAAGAAAGAUCAGUCAAGUGCAGGUCUUUGUACAGAGCUCAUAGAUAUCACUCAUUGAGAAUCUCUAGUGAGCAAUUUGUGAGAAAGUUAUUUCUGAUGAAUGUGUAGCAUAGCUACCUUGCGAAAAUUUUACCUUCCCACCCACCCUCUUAGAAGCGUCGUGAGACACCUGGCAGGAAAUGCGGCAGUUUGAUUCCCUGUCACAUCCUCUUGUGACCAAGAAACUUCUCUGCCGAAGCUGUAAUUCUGGUCCAGUGGUGGCUUCGCCUAGGAUGCCACUGCAUUGGGACAUGUAGAUGGAGACUUCUACCAGAAGUGGGCAAGUCUACUCUUUUGAGAGCCCCACCCUCCUUGGACAUCACAUUCAAUGCAUCUUGCAUGCCACAGUAAUGCCAAAAAGAAGUGGCAUUGAGCCUACAGCCAAUCUGCCAUUGCAUACAUUUACUUAUUUUUUAUUUUAUUUAAAAACAUUGUUACCCACCCUUCAUUUAUCCUGAUAAAUUAUAAAUAUCUCUUUCUAUAAAACAGCAUGCUUAAAAAAAAACAACCAAAAAAACACAACAGAGGCAGCUAAAACAGUCACCCUUUCAGACCUAAAAUGAGUAAACAGGUGUUUGGCACCAAAAUGACAACAAUGUUGCUGACUGUCCUGCCCGUAAGAGGAGAGCAUUCCACAUACUGGGCUCCACCACAGAGAAGGCUCUGUGAAACUUGCUAGCACUUUCCUCCCCAACAUCCAUUAUAGCUUUGGAAACUGAAAAUUUUGAUGAGAAAGUAUCUUUCUGGUAGGAGGAUUUGUACAUGCCCAAAGGAAGGAUGUAUGAGAGUUCCCUCUUUAGGAAGGUCUGUUCCUUAUUCAGUUUUGUUAUCCCAGCCCAUUAACCAGCCAUCACUUUUCCUGAAUUCCUUCAUAGUAGCAUUUGGAAUCUACAUAAUUUCUUACCUUUAUGAGAUAGAAAAUACAGGCAUUUGCCCUUUAUAAUUAUGGGGUAAAUAACAAAGGUUUCCACUUCAAAAUGUACCGUAAUUUGUAGUGUCUUAUGAGUAGAUCUGGUUAGGAUUGCACAGUGAGUCCUAUUGAAUCCCAGGUAAGUGGGGUUAGGAUUGCAGCCUUAGUGAACAAUUGACUUAGUCAACAAUAGAUGACCCUUGGCAUCCCUUACAAUUCUAUGAAAGUUUCUUUUUUUAAAAAAUUCAAUAUAUAUUUUUAACAGAAUGAAACGGAACACUUAAAAAUUCUGUAGUUGUAAAAAUAAUAAUUCUUUUUUUUAAAAAAGAUUUAUACUCUUGCUUUUCAAUCAUUGGUUUUUGAAACGCUCAAAUUUUCAUUAUUUCUGCAGUGCUACGAAGUGUUGCUUGUGAAUUAUAUGAUGAACUUAGUCUCCUUUAACUGAGAAUGUGUGUUGUGGUGGUCUUAUUUACUACAGGUGCAGAUAAUGGCGGGAGUUCCUCUGGCAAUUCAUCAGGAAUCUCUUCCAGCACCCCAGCUGGUAGCUCAAAAUCUACUGCAAGAAACCUGGGCUCAUCAGCGGGAGAAAAGGAAGAAGGCAAGAAGGUUAGACGUCAGUGGGAAUCAUGGAGCACCGAGGAUAAGAAUACUUUCUUUGAAGGCCUCUAUGAGGUGGGUGUCCUCAAGCGAUGUGUUUCGAAGAUCAAAACUGGAUGCUAUGUUUCAUUCAAAGGUUGAAUACUUGAGUGCUAUGUCAAAACAAGCAGAGCUCUCAAUAUUGCCAUGGGUUCUUCUCGUGUUUGGGGUUCCUGCCGAAUUCUACUCUAUUUUAUUCCUCACCCUGUUUACCAUAUUCCCCUCCCAAAGCAGACACUUAGCAUUCUGUGGCUACUUAGCAUGUUCAGUUCUCAUUGGGUGGGGGUAUCUUCCAUGAACCUAGUAGUUUUCCCUAGUCUAUUGUUAUCCUCUUGUGUGCUAUUUUGGCUACAUAAGGAUUGACAUCCAGGCAGUGAAAUACCUUUUAGUUGUUUUUUUUUUACUGAGGAUAGUAUAAAUAAUUUCCCCCCAAGUUACUUGAAACUAUUAUUCUCCUUUUAAGCCAAUAUCCCAGUCUCUCUGUGUGCAUUAUACCCAUGCGCCUAUGGUGUUGUCUGUAUCUUCAAAUGCUUAUUCUGGGAAAGGUCAUUGGACCGUGAUAGAGAAGAUCCACAACAUGCAUUUAAAGCUCAUCCAAUGCACAUUUAAAGCAUGUGACACCCCCCCAAGCUAUAAUUCCUAGCAUCCCUAACUGCAGAUCCCAGUAUAUUGGACACUUUUGUAAAAAUGCUUUCAUAAUUUGUUAGCUUCUGCAGAUUGCCUAUCAGAAGUGGGUGCGUCUGUAACUGUUAAAUCUAUACAUCUGAUAAACCAUCUGCAACAAAUGGAAUAAUAAUUUGGAUGGCUAGUUGCCCAAUUUUUACAUUCUGUAGAAAAGUAUUGGUGUAUUUGCUUUUUCAGCAUGGAAAAGAUUUUGAAGCCAUUCAGAACAACAUUGCCCUGAAGUAUAAGAAGAAAAGCAAGCCAGCAAACAUGGUGAAGAACAAGGAACAGGUUCGGCACUUCUACUACCGCACCUGGCACAAGAUUUCCAAAUACAUUGACUUUGAUAAUGGUGAGCAUACUGUUAGGUUUGGUUCUGCGGUUGGUACAAGCAGACUAUACUAUAUUGUCCAUAAACAACUUGUAGAAUUGGGGAGGGUGGGGGGAACCCGCUAAGGUUAUGUACCUAUGCAUGGUUUUCUUUUUGUUUUCUUUUUUAAAUAAUUCUUUAUUGGAAAUUUUAUUUACAACAUAACACAAACCCCCCCACCCCCCCAACACAGAAAUCUACCCCCAUCAGACACAAACAUAACAAACAACAAGCAUAAUAUACAACAAUACAAACAACCAAAUAAAAGACUUCCUUUUAUCCUAUGCAUGGUUUUCAUGCUGAAGCUGAGGAGGCUUCAUCCUGGUUAGUGCCUAGAGGGGAGACUAGCCGGGGAUCCCAUGGACGUCACCUCAAGUUCCAUGCUGAAAGAAAGGUGGAAUAUAAAAGUAAUGAAAUGUUUUUGAAUAAAUGUUUGAGCGGGGGGACUCUGCUUGGAUUCAGUUUAUCAAAUUAUUGUGUGACACAUGGCAUCUUCAUAUCCCUAUAGUGGACUGGAUGUUGCAGACCAGGAGUCCUACAGGCUCUACAGUCCUGCAGUGGUGGAGUAAAUCGGUAAAGGCUGGGGAACCUGUAGACUCUGCUCCCAUUAGCCAUUUGCCAGGGAUGAUGGGAGUUGUAGUCCAGCAGGAACUGGAGGGCCACAGUUUUCCCUUCCCUGCAUUAAAGCUGGGCAGCAUGGUGCUCCUCACCCCUUUUCCAAGGGCUCCUUACUACACGAGGUUUUGCACUGAAGUGUUAGACUGAAAUUGAGGGAGGCAGGCAUGCACUAUGACAGCUUUCAUCAACUUGGUGCCCUCCAGAUGUUUUGGAUUACAUCAGAUCUAUGCUCACAUCAGACCCAAAACAUCUGGAGGGCACAUGCUUCACAAGGCUUCCCUAAGACCACCAACACGUUAGGGAAGUCUUCAGCUGUAUGGGAAGUGCCAGCACUGUGGCAGUAUGUUUCAUUAAAAUGACAUUGCACUUCCUUUUUUUCUAUAAAUGCAAGGCAUUUACAAUAAAUUAGAACAUCAGAAAAAAAUCAGCAAAACACACUAAAAUAGCCUAGUCCUUCAACAGUCUGCACCAGGAUGACUAAUGGCAGACCUUGAAUGAGAAGUGUAUACCCUGGUCUGUGGGCUAAAACAGUGAAGGCCCUGCCGUUGUGCUAUUUUGCCCUAACCUCCUUCAUAGAGGCCAACUUGCAUACCUUCAAAGGGCUGGAUAUACCCAUUUUUUGAGCGCUGAAUCCACCUUGAAUACACAAAUCAUGAACUACUGGAAUUUGAGGAGUGUGUGUGUGUGUGUGUGUGAGAGAGAGAGAGAGAGAGUUGUAUGUGUAUAAAAUAUGAAUAUUUUGGAGACAUCGUUCCCAUUAACCUGUGAUUUCAAAUGUGAAAUCUGGUACUAGAAUAGACUAGUAAUUAUGACAGCCCUUUUAAGUUGGUUUUUGUCCAGGUCGUUAAAAUACUGGAAAAGGUGAUAUCUGUUCGUUAGCACAUUCCGUCCUAAAACGCAGCUGCAAAAUACAUCGGAUCGUCACAUUACAGCACACUUGUUGCUGUAUACCAAUUAUACCAGUUAACUUUUGUAUAUAUUUAGGUGUUUGUCUCAAGACCUAAGAAUUCUUAGAUAAGGGAGUGUUUAGUAUCUGCUGGCUUAAUCAUUCUCUAAGUGAAUAGUGUUUUUCUUUUCCCUUAACACCUGUGGUUUUCCUUCUUUGCAGUGUUUUCUCAAGGGCUGAAAAAAUCCUCCCUGGAGCUCUAUGGCUUAAUUUGUUAUGGGGAGCUAAGGAAGAAGAUUGGGGGCUGUAAGUACACAACAUUUUAGUGCCAUGAAAUUAGAAAGUGUUUGGGGUUUUUUCUGUGCUCCUUCCCAACUCUCCUCCCCGGAUGUUUCUGGUGCCCUUAUUUUUCAUUAUAGCUUUCUUCGAGUAUUUUUCUGUGUGUCAAUACUGCUUCAGAGGGAGAUUUCUGAGCAUAAUCUUUUAGUUUGCUCUUUCAUGCAGAGUACAAAACAGUAAAACAUAAAAUAUACAAGGACACAAAAAGAAAAUACAGAAGGAAGCUUCUGUUGUUUUCUAGGUGUAAUUCACAUACUGCUUGUCCCUGCAUAACAGAAAGAUAAUGAAUGGCAUGUAUUUACGAUACAGCUUCCUUCAAAAUUGAAAACUGGGAUGAUGUCUGUCUUCAGAUUUGGGAUAUAAAAAUGAAAUACCUUCUGAGUAUCCUAUUUUGGUUUUAGCUCUGUCAGCAACGGACUAUAAUUUUGUAUAGGUUAUACAAUUUUUUGUUUUUUAUUUGAUUUUUCUAUAUACACUGGCCAUACUUAACUGGCGUAUCAUAGAAGCUAAAAUCAUUGCCUUGUUUAACCUUUUAGGUAAUGAAGUUUACUUUGGACAAAUCAAAAGUUAAAUCAGUGGUGGGAAAUGUGUGGCCCUCCUGUUAUUGUUGGACUCAAACUCUCCACAGGCCUCAAAGGUCGGUGCAAAGGCUCCCUGGGAUUGCACUUGCAAAGGCUUGCGGAAAUUACUAGAUGCUGUUUUCGCUCCGUUUUUGCCCCUUUUCGUGCCACUUCCGGGUUUGCAGGAAUGCGUGCACCGUCGCACAUGCCUUGAAUGCACAUGAAUAGGGAGUUGCUUGUAUACCGUUCUCUUCCAUGUACUGGCUUUCUCCACCUUCAUUUUAUCCUCAUUGCCUAGCUGAUGAGCUAGGCUAGCCUAAAAGUAGUGCCUGACCAAAGAUCACCUACCGAGUUUCAUUGCUGUAUGGGGAUUUGAACCUGGCUUUACCCAAUCCUAGUCCAACACCGUAACGACUGCACCACACAGAUGUCAACACACACACACACACACACACACACACACACAAACACACAUCCUCUUGUGUGUUCAGAAUACCGUAAUAAGCUUGCAUUCAUUCCUUGGCCCAAGCCAUCCAUCUAAAGGUGUAUAUUCAGAGCAAAGCAAUAAAAAGUGUGCAUUUCUCUUACAGCAGAGUGUGCAUUUCUCUUACAGCAGAGAACAAUCCUUACUCUAGCACACACCGUUUCUUUGGUGUCUCCUGCUCAGUGACUUUCUGAACUCCCAGUUUCUUUCUUUCAUAAGUAUUCACAUUUUGUCAGCAGGCUCUCCUGCAACAAGACUUGUAAAGGCUGCAAGCUUUCCAUAAUACUGUGCUGCCUUGGUAACGGAUUUGGUGCACAUAAGACAGUUGCUUUUGCAUACUGGCUUUGUUCAGAUGACAUAAUAAAUCAUGGAACAUGUCUAGGUGAGCGUCAGGCUUGUGCAUUCUUCUACCCCCUUCCUUUGGCACGGCUACAAGGAGAUCAGCUUUUUCUAUCUUUUUUCCUUAACCACAGAUUUUCAUGUCAUCCCAACAACCCAUGGUUAAUCUUAACCAUGGUUUGUAAAGCUGGCUUCUUUAAUCAAAACUAUAGUUAAAAAUAACGACUCUUUAAGGUUAAGUCAUGACACGCAACUGGUUAAUUGAAAUUGGGAGCAAAAGCAUCUAUUCUCAUUACAGCUAUACUAAAGGAGGUGUUAGGAGUGCAGAAACCUAGGCUUCUUCCUGUCACAGUAAACCAUGGCUCGUGUCCAAACACAGCAAGUGGAGCCAGCCUCACUGGGGAAAUUAUAGCGUCUGUAUUGGUAAAUGCCUGACUCUUUAUCCCAUGUGAUCCCCUUCUGUCCCCCUUCCAGUCUCCAACUCUUUCCUUUCAUCUUUAUGCAUAUGUCAACCCACCAUUUCCCCUUUCUCCUGCUAAUCAUUACUCCUUUCAGAACACCUUCCUCUCACUUUCAGAAGAGGAAAUGCUUUUUAAAAAACGAAUUCUUAUUCAAAGAGUCAUGGAUUAAUGUUUUUUCAGAGCUCUGUGGGAUGAUAAGAAUAUUAUGCUUGUAGUUCUAAAAAAAUAUUUUACUGUUUUGAUGUACAUGUAUGUGUGUGUAUAUAUUCUUUAGAAUAGCUUCAAACCUCUUUGUUAGAUGUUAGUCAAAAUGACCUGCUUGAUCUGUUUUUGUUUUGCUCUUAAAGGUAUGGAUGACAAAAAUGCAGCUAAACUCAAUGAGCUUAUUCAAGUUGGGUAUGUUUUUUUUUUGCUUUUUAGCAUUAUCACGGUACAAUGUCUAGCUUUUGAGGUGCAUUAUUAUCUCAGGUUGUGAAGCUACUCUGAACAUGUCCGGCCUAAAAAGCAUGCACACAGAUGUUGUUAUUAUUCCAUCCCAGAGCUCUUAAGGCAGCAAUGGGGACUCCAUGGUCCUCCCAAUGUUGUUUGACUCCAACCUAGCCAGAAAGAUUAAUGUUUGAGAAUGAUGGAAAUUGUAGACCAUCAGCAUCUGGAGGACUACAAGUUCUCCACUGCUCCUCAAAGGAAAUGAUUUUACUACUUUAGGUGUGUUAUAAAAUUGUGUUAUAGAGCAGGGAGAACUGACUAGUUUUAAAGAGUUGCUUUGACCUUCUGAAACUACAGUUCAGAAGAAAUCACUAUGCUAAACUUGAGAUGCUGUUUUCACUUAAUGAAGAACAAUAAAAGCGUUACAUUCUCUUGUAUCCUGGAAAAAAGGUUAUAAGUCCUUCAAAGGUGCCUUAACAUAAUUGCAGAUUUAAAGCACACACUUGCAUAUGUAUACACACACUAGAUAGACACAUUACAAGUUAUCGGGGUCUUUUUCACAGAGCAGCUGGUGAUAGAUGGCCUUACUGGCGAGGGCAAUUCAACUGGAGCAGGAGUAGGUUCGUGGCAUUGUCUGCCUGCUUCCCUCUCCUCCUGGGAUCUUUCCCCAAGGGCAGUUGAUGGUAGUUAGCCCAGUGGUAGUGAGGAGGCAGUCUAGCUGAAGUAGACUGGUGGUGAUUUCUUUGCCUGCCCUUCUCAUUCUGAUACAUAUAGGCAAUUUUUCUUGCUCAGAUUGUUAAUAGUGCAGCCGUUACGCUCCACAAACAGCAGGAGAAGAAUAGCUCCCAAGCAACCAUACUGUGCUAAGAACAAGACAUCACAGUAAAAGAAAGCUCACGUGGCUGGAUCUCUCCAUCUGUAGUGAGUUGAAUCUCCCACCCACACCCUUAGUUGGAUGCAGCAUGAAGUACAGCUUCUAUUUCUGCUCCUCGCCAUGUUGCAACAUUGUUCUGCAUGGCAUUUGAAAGAGUACUCUCUGCAAGCGCUAAUUAUGUUUUCUGAAGGAUCAGCACAGAUGCCAUAUGGGUUUCACGGUGUCCCAAUAUCCUGAAUCAGAUUAGUGAACCCUGGUAAUUGGUGACAAGGGGCAGAAAAAUAAUAGCACUGACUACAGUUCUCUGUAGGUUACUGUGGCGUUUUCUGUUGCUUCAAAACCACGGAUAGUGUGAUACCUCAGUAAAUCUCCCAGAAACAAGUAUUCAAGUCACAUUCAGAGUUGCCGUGCAUGCUUCUGGUGCCCUCAAUUGUCCCAUUCUUUUAACAUUUCUAGGGCUACAACCGUACGCUACAAAGGGAGGAAUCUUCGCAUCAAAGCCCCAAUGUGCAGGGCUCUGAAGAAACUCUGUGAUCCAGAUGGUAUGUAAGAGGCUCUGGGAGAAAAAGAGGGUUGAAACAGAUCAUGAAGGGAGAGACCCAGUGUUAGAAACUGAUAUAUGAAGGCUAGUAGCUGAAUGGCAACUGAAACCUAGGUUAUGGGCACAACAACGGAAUGUCUAGGUCCUCCUUUCCUUCCACUCUGCAAUUUUAACCAGAAAUCUUAGGCACAAUACUGCGUCCCAGAGCUCAGAAACUGCUCGCGCUAAUGAAAUUCCCUGUCGCAAAAUACACCUAGAACAAUGGAGAGAUCCAAUUGUCUCUCCAGGUCAACUCACAAAGCAAAAUGUGUAUUGAACUGCCCUGAGAGCUCAGAAGAAGAAGAAGAAGAAGAAGAAGAAGAAGAAGAAGAAGGAGUUUGGAUUUGAUAUCCCGUCUUUCACUCCCUUUAAGGAGUCUCAAAGUGGCUAACAUUCUCCUUUCCCUUCCUCCCCCACAACAAACACUCUGUGAGGUGAGUGGGACUGAGAGACUUCAGAGAAGUGUGACUGGCCCAAGGUCACCCAGCAGCUGCAUGUGGAGGAGUGGAGACGCGAACCUGGUUCCCCAGAUUACGAGACUACCGCUCUUAACCACUACACCACACUGGCUCUCAAUGGCUCUGGAUAAAGUGUGGUAUAUAAAUUCAAUAAAGAAUAAUAAUAAUUGCGGCUUGAGUGGACCCAUGCAGGGUUUGGUGCAUGCUCUAGGGGUUGUGUGACUCCUUGAGGUGUGAGAAGGGUGUGAUUCCUAGUUUCUACAUACACUUAUGCUUUCAUAAGUGGCUUGAGAGGUGACAACAAAUAAAUGGGCUUUGAGCUUUGUGAGGUGGUCUUUGGUGACAAUAGAAUUGGUUUAGGAAAGUGACUAUUAAUACAUCUAAUAAAACUCCAUUGUGUAAAACAUGGUAUCAAUGUUUCUCAGCCUCCUUUAUGUAGUCCAUUUUGUUGAUGGUAACGACCACUCCUCCUUUGUCUGCCUUCUUAAUUAUGAUGCCAGUAUUGUUUCUGAGGCUGUGGGUGGCCUCACACUCUGUAUAGCUCAGAUUGUGCAGUAUAUUUUGCUGAUAACUUCAGCUUGGGUGUGACAGCAGAAGCACCUUACAUGAAAAACUAAUUCAGUGUUCCAGGCAUAUGGAGUGGCAGCCCAAGCAGAAUUCUUCUUCCUGUGGCGUUAAGAAGUAUUGUUGUGUUUCAGUGAGCUCUCCACUGGCAUGUUGAGAAGAUGGUAGAAUUGUAUUGAUGCACUGCUUGGGGUCAUGGCAGAAAUAUUUCUUGAGUCAUGGAUGAAAGGGUCAAAGGUUUUCUCUUACUAGUUAUUCAGUUUUAGUUAAUAUACGACUAAAAACCUUUUUAUUAUUAUUAGUGUUUCUGUUAGAAAAUCAUCUCCCCACUCCUCAUCCCAAGAAUAUUCUUAUGGAUAAUUUCCUGUGCUCUCUGGUGAGUGUCAGGUGAUAGGAUAGCCACCUCUUAUUUGUGGGAAUAAUUCAGGAAUUUUCGCUGCUUCUUCCCUCAGGCAUCAGUGAUGAGGAGGAUCAGAAGCCAGUGCGUCUUCCACUGAAGGUCCCCGUGGAGCUGCAGCCACGGAAUAAUCAUGCAUGGGCCCGUGUGCAGAGCCUGGCCCAGAAUCCACGUCUCAGGUUUGUGUGUGUGUUGUGCAUAACUAAAGCUUGGGAGCUGAAUUUUGAAUAUCAUUGGCACAACCUAUAGACUACUUUAGCCACUGCUAGCAAACAAGUGACUCCAUCUCCUGGAUACCUGUUACUGUUUUGUAUACGGUGAUUUGUUCAUUAAUGCGAAUAGAGUCUGCCUUUGCACAUCACAGCAAACCAUAGAAUGGUUUAUGGUGAAUGUGGAGAUCACUUCUGCGUUGCUCCUCCCCUAUCACAAUACCUGGCAUUGCAUUGCAUGUGAACCUGGGGAUCAUAGUUACUUUUGAUCCAGACACACCAACACUAAGAACAAAACCUGUCUAGCCUCAUCAAGGAUUGUUUGGAGCAAAGCAAACCAUGAUCCCCAAUUAGGACAUAACACUAAGCCAGGAAUGGUGGCUUGAUGUUCUCACAGUAGGAAAGGAGAAAAGUGGGGGGCAUCUGUACAUUCAUAGUCAGCCGUUAACUGUGGUGGGAAUGCAGCUGGUAUUCUUUUCCCCUUGCUCCAAUGAAUGGGAAAUUAGGGAGUACAUGCCCACAUGCAGAGAGAGGGAGUGUGUGCUUUACUUAGCGUGUACUGUGACUUCUAUACUACAUUGUUCGUGGGACAUCAUUUGCUGACUCCUCUGUGUGUUUUUUGUCUUCCAUGGCUUGCCAGGAUGAUCGUAGAGUUGCAUCGUAAGGUAUCUAGCCUCAUUGAGUUCCUGAAACAGAAAUGGGCUCUCCAUGAGGUGCGCAUUGUAUCCUUUUUCUUGCUCAGAAAUUUGUUUUGCCUUUUGAUUUUGUGUUCUGGGGACAGCGCUCGACAUAACUAGCCUUCAAGUUCUUGAAAGCCAUUACUCUUCAUUAGACCCUUACUGUAUUUAUGAGACAGGGUGCAGGAUCCCAGGCCCUUGAGACCCUCUAUUGGUAGGAGACUUCCCCAGGUCAUGCCCCUCACCAUCCCUGCUCUGCACCCUUCCUAAGCACUCUUGUCUGGCUGGAAUGUAUCACUGAACAUUGACAAUGCUUCCUACUUACCUAGAUGGUGGAUGGAGAGGUGUGGGGCUGGUGUAUGUGUGUUGGGGAGAAAUCUCAGGGCUUUCUGUGAAUAGAAUGUAGACUACUGUAUCACACUUUUCUUGUUAUGCUUGCUUUUGUCCUCUGGCCCUACCCUGCACUGACAUGCAGCCCCUGGAAUGUCAUCCAUAGGGGAAUGUGCCCCUUUAGCUGAAAAAGGUUUCCUGCCUAUGUUAUAAAAUAUUUCCCACUUGGGUCUGUGGGUGUGUGGACUGUAGAGAGACUUUCUCUCCUCUUUUAAGUGUUGCUGUGUUCCUUAAUGUCCUGUAUUUAGCGUAAAACACUAGCAGAAAGGCAACUACAAGACUCCAGGGAUUCUGAAGCAAGUGGCAGCUAUUCGGAAGAGAAAGUGAUGCUCCAUCUCUUCCCAGGAGAGAACUGUACGCUUACACCCCUCCCUGGGGUUGCCAGGGUUGUACACUCCAAAGCUUUCUGUACGGUGCAUUGGCAGGAAUCCGGCCGAUGCAAGCAGAAUACAAAAGACUCCCUCUUGCUGCCGCCUGCCCAAAUUCUAGGCAUACAGAGUGGUCAGGGGACAGCCAGAGGGCAGGUAAAAUACCCUCGGGGAACAGAAGGCAAGGGUGGGACCAGGGCCGAGAGCACUACAGAAGCAAGUAGAAACACUCAGUCCACAUUUGAGGCAACUGCAAACGCUGAGGACUGCUCCUCAGAGGCUGGGCUUACCGAAGGAGCAUCCCUGUGUCUCAGUGUUGCACAUAGUCUUGAUAAGCCACUGUCUGGGCUUCAAGAUCUGAGUGGGAGUCUUGAAAAGCCGGUUCCCACAACCCAUUGUGCUGAGGGUAGGGAGGCACCAGCCGUUGCACUGGUGACCGGGUCAUCUUCUGGCAGCACAAACUGUGACUGCGGCAGCAUCCCCCCUGAUUUGGAGGAGCUCUCUCUGCUUGACCCAUUUCCUCGGUACAUGAAAUCUUGCCAGGACCUUAUUGUCCCAGAGAAGUGUCUUUGCACAGAUAGACUGAAUGGGAAAGAUUUUGCCUUGGCAGGGCACUCCCCUCCCGGGAGGCUCUCGUCUGGGAGCACAGAGGCUGGCAGCCUCAGUCCCGCACAGCUGGCAAGAGGUGGGGUGGCAUUGCCCAGCUGCGGCCCAUCCAGAACUGAAACUCAGGCCCUCCAGUGCUGCGGACCACAAACGGAAAUGUGUGCUAAGGAGCUAUCGGACGUAGUAAUGGAGGACUCUCAGGAGAAGCCCAGCACCUCACUGCCGCCACCGCCGCCACCACCACCUCAGGGACAAUUGGUCGCAAAGUCUCUCAAGGAUGACCCAAGCCGCCUUGUGCAACAGGUCAGAGAGGAGGGAUGGAGCCUGCGGACCUCUGAGAGCCUUACCUUGGCUGAAGUCUACCUCAUGAUGGGCAAACCGAACAAGCUACAGCUAGAGUACGAUUGGCUGUCUGUCUUGGGGCCGGAAACCCAGGAUCCUGGGGAGCAGAUGCCUGAACCUAAAUCUGUUUCUCCAUCAGCCACCUGUCACAAACAGAAACUCCUCAACUGCCUCUUAAAACUCAUCUCCACUGAAGUUAACCCCAAACCAGUAAGUAUAAUUUGCAUUGAUGCUAAGAACCACCGUCUUCCAGUUUGCACAGUUUUUGGUCCUCAAAAAGGCACAAAGGGGUUAACUUCAGGAAGAAGGCAAGGGAUAAGGGGGUCUUUGGGUACACCCUGGAGAGACCUUCCCGUUUUUUAUUUCUGCCUUAUAGAGAACAGCAGGGUAACUGCUGCUGUUCAGCUACUUUUUGGGAGUAGCUUAUAGACAUUAAGCCUCAUAGCAAAAAUUAAAAGUGGUUUUUAGAGUACUUUCCAAUGUGGUAGUGCCCAUAGUUCUGUGGAGCUCUGAUUCAUAUGGCCUCCUGCCCCUCAUCUGGUGUUCUGUUUCCUCUUUUGACUGCCUUCAGGGUGCUUUAGAGAAGGAAGAGACCACAUCCACCCUUCCAACCCCACUGUAUCUCUCUGCUGCCAGUCAGCUAACAGCUUGGGAAAGGGAGCCCAGCUCUGUGCCCAGCAAAGAGACUAGCAGGUCAUAUUCUGCAAUAAAGUCCCUCAGCAAGGGGACAUGUAGGGCCUGGAAGUUCCAUUGCACUGUGCUGCAGCCUCCAUUGGAGGGAUCUCUACCAUUGCCCUCCAGCAGCCAUAGGGUGCUGGGAAAUGUCCUCUGCACGACUAUGAAAGAGAAUAUGAGAAUGAGUGCUUUGUAUUUGCUUGACACAAGACUGGAGGAGAUAAAAUUUUCAGAAUACAUAAUUUUUUCUACUAUAAUGUUAAUGGCUGCUUAUGUUUUUAUUGUUUCUUAGCUGCUCCUCCUCAUAAACUGACAAACCCCAAGAGAUGCUAAGUUGCUUAUAGUGCAGCAGAAUUAGCUCCAUAUGCAGCAGCAGCAACAACAACAACAAGGACUUUAUUUGCGUAGCCAACAGGCCAUAGCAUCAAAGGACAAACACCGACAAAAAUACAUUACAAAUAUAGUUACCGUAUAAUCUUAUGACCUAUUAAAACCCUAGGUAGAAGCUGGAUUAUCAUUCAUCAAUGACCCUCUGUCCCAUGGGCGGCGGCCUUUUCUCUGGUAGAUUGUUUCAGGUCAGUUAAGUAAAUAGACCAGCCAAAUUGAAAGAUCAUAAAUAUAAAUAUAACCUCGGAGGGAUGGUCAGGACAGGGAGAAAGAUAAUAAUAACCAGAUGCAGAUAAGUUAAAAAUCUCAGUACCUAAACUUAGCAGAGAUAAUAAAAUACUAAUAAUAAAACAUAAGGAUAAUAAUGAUAAAAUCCUAGGCGAGGAAUCCGGGUGACGACACUGAUGUGAUUCAGAUAGCAGCUCUCAGUCUCAUUGCUCUCUCAAAAAAUUUAGCAACCUUCUCUGUUGUCGAGCUGUUCUGGUCGGCUAGGAGUGAGAACAAUUUGGUUUCACAAGAGCAGCCCGGGAUGGCAGAUAGGAGCAGCGUGAUGGUCUCGUCCCUGAGAUCUUUAUAUAGGGAACAAGACAGGAGAACGUGUGACACAGUCUCUAUGUAGCCAGCUCCACAGGGGCAGAGCCGGUUCUCGUAUGAAAUUUUUUGAUAUCUACCUUCAAGAACAGCUGAGAGUAACAUAUUUAGUCUGGCCAAUGUAAAGGCCCGCCUGAGUUUUGGAAUGGUUAAGGUAGACAAAUAAGGUGCCCGAAAAUCAAAGUGGGAGGGGGGCAGAUAAGCGUACCAAGCACUAAAUUUCUUAAUAUAAGCCAGAUUAUUCUGCUGCUCAAUAUCCUUCAUGCGCUGGUCGAUAAUGGUUUUUGCCUUGGGGAGACCCAUUUUCAGGAGAUGCUGUGCUUGGAGGCCAUAUGCAGCAAAUUUUACAAAGAAAAUUUAAAUUGUAAUUACUGUCUACAUAAAAUCUGUACUUCUAAUAUACCAAACGUGGUAAUUUUAUGGCAACCCAAAUUAUGCAUGAUACAUUUUAUGUUCCUAAAAUAACAAAGUGGUUUUCAAUUUGUAAAGAGUGUGAAAAAGAAUCAUUGCCUGUUUUUCUGUUUCCCCCACAAUUUCUGUCUCUUCCCCCCACCCAAAAAAGAGAAAAACAUUCCCACCCUUUUGACCAUGGUUUCAAAAUUUCCAGAAAUUUUACAGGUAGGAUAAAGUGAAAAGGAGUGGUGGGUCUUUUUGAUGUUGCUGGAUUGUAGCUUCCAUCAUCCCUGACCAUGGGCCAUGCUGUCUCCUUGCUGAUGGGAGCUGGAACCCAACAACAUCUGCAAGACCACAUGUUCCCCACCCCGGUUUGCAUAGACACACUACCCAUAUCUAUGGCAACGUCCUCCUCCUCCCCCCACUUUCUUCCAGCAUGCAGCUGUUGGGAUUCAACCAUUUUCUCUUUCUUUUCAGAUCCCGGAAAUGAACUCUGUUGCAACAUCUCCCAUAAAGCCCACUCAAGAGGAGCAUGCUCUGACCCCUCCUGGCAAGGUUAUUGCCGUCAGCACCCGGAGUCCAGGCUGUGCACGCAAUCAGCCUGCCCUUCACAAGAAAACCUUUCCCCCCAGUAUCACCUCCAGUUCCUCAGGUGAGUCAGUUGUUGAGAUGAACUGGUUCUGUGUAGCCCUAAGACAAAGUAUUAGUUUUCAGCAUUUCUACCGUUCAGGAAAGCAUUGGUCUGCCAUGGGGUCCUGACACAUCUGUCACAGAAUCUCUCUGUUUGCAGAGGACUCCAGAAAUGUUCUAGGCUGCAUGCUUACUUCACUCAGGGUACAGGUUUAGGUGGGCUUGGCUGUUGUCCUGCAUAAACAUAGAAAGCAUUCUGACCCCAUACCCUGUUGCUGCUCAUGAUAGAUGAAUAUUGGAAAAGUUGGACAAGUUGUCUUUCAGGGAAGCUUCUCUGCUUUUACUGAACUUUUUUUGAGGAACCUUGUUAAGCUUCUGGGGAUUUUUCUGCAGAAAAAUUGCAGAGUAGUUGAGAAUGUCUGUACUUGAAGCUGUGCUUGCUUGAUUUGUUUUUCUGAUGUUGAUGGAGAUAGAGGCUAUUUUGGCCAAGGCCAGAUUACCAGCCUAACAAGGCCCUAGCUUAGGACCCAUGAUUUUCAUUAUAUACUGCUGCAGUCUAUUUAUAUUUCAUUUUAAAAUCAUCAGUUAUAAAGGGGCUCUUCUCAGUGACCUGGCCCAUGAUUUUCAUAAUACUGUGCUGCUUUGUUGAACAGGAAAAAAGCAUAAGUGGUCCACAGGGAUCCCAAUAGCCCCUGUGUAUCCAUUGAGCUGUAGGUCUGUACUCUGAGGGAAGACAACUGAUUUUAUCUCAGAGAUGAGGCAGGAAUAAUGUGGUGGGGGUUUUGCGCAGGGGGUCCCUUCCAACUCUGCAGUUCUGUGAUUCCUCAGCUGUUUGUUCCAUGAAACGUCAUGAUAAAGCUAUUCAGUUUCUAAUUAAUUUGGCUCACCCUCCCUAACAACAAAUGUGGAUUGGUGGAAGCAUUCUUUGCCUCCAAAGAUUUCUAAUUGGAAAUUGCACUUGACUAAUUCCCAUGAAUGCUUGUAUUUUUAUUGACCCUACCAGGUUUGAGAAAUCACUCUGGACCUCUCUUGGUGGCUGGUCCUUCAGGUUCCACGAGUGCAGAUGCAGAUGGUGGCCUCUUUGCUGUUCCCACAACUCUCCCACCCAACAGCAGGCAUGGGAAGCUUUUCUUGCAAAGUAAAGAAGCAGAGCUAACCUUCCGGCAGCGCUUGGAUACAAUCAGUGUAAGAUUUAUUUAUUUAUUACGGUAUAUGUUGAACUGUAAGGUGUGCAGAUGUGAUCAAGGUGCUCAUAAGGAAUAAAUACAGCUGCCCCCAAAACUUGCAGAUCAAGAGAGAAUUUAUUCCAUGCCACAAACCAAGUCACCCUGUUCUACAGCAUUUCGAUUUUGGAAAUGCUUUAUCUUCCUAAUCUGUUUUAGAAGGCCCUGGAGUUAGGCUGAUCUGUGUUUGGUAAAAAACUUGGUUGUAGGGACACAAUGCGGGUUUCAGCCUAGAAGGUUGAUGGUGCUCUCUUGCUUCAUUGUUUCUUUAUAAGUGGGGUUGAAAUGCUCAAGUCCUCCUACAUACUCCACAGGCAGAAGCAUUCAGCUUUCAAUGAGCUGCCUCUGGUGUGGGGAGCCACCACUGCCCUAGAGUUCUGCCCUGCCUCAUGUGCAGCAACAGGGUCUGCACUGUCUGCUGCCUUUGGUUCAGGCACCUUCAGCCUGAACUUCCCUUCCCAAGAUUACCUGCAUAGGAUGGGUGGAGAGCCAUGGGGAAGCAGGUGUUCAAGAGUAAAGAGAAGGUGCAUUAACACAAUCUAUCCCUGCCAAUCUAGGCUGCACUUUUUAGGUGGCUAACAAAGCCUCAAGUCUCAUGCCUGAUGAGCAAAAUGAUGUGUGUUACAAGUUCCCUUUGUUUCUCUUCAGAUGCAAUCUGAUUUCUUCUUGCCAAAGCCGAGGAAACUGCAUAACAGACAUCUGCGAAAACCACUGGUAGUACAGGUCAGAGGAAAGACUAAUUGAAAUGUAUCUCUUGCAUGUCGGGUAGUUUCAUCUAGUAGUUUUCAUAUGACCUUUUCUCUCCAUCCACAUGGACAGUUCCUACUAUUUCCUGCUAUGCAAUGGUCUGCUUUUUAUUGUGCAAACAUUGCCAGAGACUCUCAACUAGUGCUAGCUGUUUCAAUAUGUGUUUCAAAUGGAACUCAUGUGAAUACCUGCAAGGAAAUGUUGGGAAACCAGAGAAAGGCAUUUCUUUAUCAUGUCAGAUGGGUCAGUGUGAGAGACCUGCAUCUUCUCAGAACUCAUUGCUGGUGUUUGAUUCUGACAUCGUAAAGGCAUGCAUCUUUGACCAUCCUCUAGCGCAAGAAUGAGGAAUAUUUUCCCACCCAAGAGCCCCAUUCCCUUUUGGGCAGCCAUGCACAAACUACAUGCCAGUGGUGAGUGAGACCAGAGGCAAAAGUGGGCAGAGUCUAGUGUGUGAUGGAAAAAAUUAAUGUUGGUAGCACCCCUGAAGCAUCAUAAAUGUACCAUGUGAUGCUUUUCCCUGUGGUCAUGUGGGAGCUAUCCAGGAUACCUGUCCUAGCCCCACCCCAACCUAGGAGAUAUAGGGAAACAUGGUCUAGGAUCCUAAAAUGUUGCCUGCACGACCAGCAUUCAUGGUAAGUUGCCAGUGCUGCAUUUCCUAAGUUGUUCUUUUUAAAGGCAUCUUGCCUUGCCUUUUUCAGAGAACGCUGCUUCCCAGGCCAUCUGGAAAUUCCUCCCAGCACGUCUGUUCCUUCUCCAUCUUAUCAAACUCUUCUGCAACAGGUGAGCUUCAACUGUGUAUAUACUCCAAACGGGGUGUUUAGUUUACUCUAUGAAAGACUAGUGAAAUACUCUUCCACUAGUUUCAGCCCCUCCCUCCCUACCAAUGAACCCUUCUACCCAUGGAGUAUUUUACAGCCCUUUCUGUGUUUUACCACCCCAACAGCCCUGGGAGGUAGGACACUAUUUUACUUGCUUCUGCAUGUGAAUACAACCUCCUCUCUGAGGAACCUGGAAUAGCAAGCACACUUGCAGGGAAGUAAGCCCCAUGGAAAUCUGUGGAUCCUGUUUCUCAGCAAAUUCUGCACCAUUAAUACCCCCGUGAAGUGUGUAAAGAUUAGAGGUUCACAAGACUUGAAUAGUUUGAGGGCGUAAGCUUGUGUUCCUCCUAUUUCUUGCCUAUAGUUCCACUUAAUUUCACAGAGUUCUUCCUCUCAUGCAGAAGGACAAUAUUGUCAGUAAAAACAUUGAAAUGGAAGCUGGAUUUGCUUUGAUAGUAGACAUGACACUUUGUUGUGGACUCUCCUUCGCUGGAGGUUUUUAAGCAGAAGUUGGAUGGCGACUUGUCAUGGAUGCUUCAGUUGAGAUUCCUGCAUUGCAGGGCGUUGGACUUGAUGACUCUCGGGAUAUCUUCCAAUACUACAAUUCUAUGAUUAUUGUAGGUGCCAUUUGCAGUAAAUGGUCCUGUCUUCUGUAUGUCCCACUGGGGAGAGAAUGAGAACUGGCCAUAAGAAGGGGCGUAGCUCUUUGGCUGUCUAUGACAAUGUUUCCCACCUUUAAAAAAAUUCAUGCUUUUACUUCGUUUUUAGGAAGAGGAUCUUUUCGGCCGAUCCAGUCUUCACUUACAAAAGCAGCUGUGUCCCGUCCCAUUGUUCCCAAGGUCCUUCCAGCUCAAGCCACCAACCAUCUGUCCAGUAGGUUUCUCCUUGGAAGGCGGUGGUUCGGGGAGGGCAGGUUUAGCAGGAAUGUUAUGGUAGCUAUAAUGACAGAAGCGACUACUCUUAAUCAUUUUACAGCCAUUAAUUUUGUCUUCUCUCCCCUUCUCUGAUUUCCUGUUGCACUCAAUAAAUACAAGUUUAGAUUUUCAACUAGAACGUAGAUGUUUUCAUCUAGCAGAAGCAGGAGUGCCUUGCCCUGAGAGGCUGAGCCGCAACAAUAGCCUUCUAGCAGUCAGGUCACUGGGUUGUAUCUAGUACUAGUUCUCCUUGGAUUAGACCCAUUGAAAAUAAUGGAAAUGGCUAACUUGGGUCCAUUAAUUUCCAUGGGUCUACUCUGAGUAAAGGGCCGCGGGUGGCGCUGUGGGUUAAAGCCUCAGCACCUAGGACUUGCCGAUCGAAAGGUCGGCGGUUCGAAUCCCCGCGGCGGGGUGCGCUCCCGUCGCUCGGUCCCAGUGCCUGCCAACCUAGCAGUUCGAAAGCACCCUCAGGUGCAAGUAGAUAAAUAGGGACCGCUUACUAGCGGGAAGGUAAACGGCGUUCCGUGUGCUGCGCUGGCUCGCCAGAUGCAGCUUGUCAUGCUGGCCACGUGACCCGGAAGUGUCUGCGGACAGCGCUGGCUCCCGGCCUCUAGAGUGAGAUGAGCGCACAACCCUAGAGUCUGUCAAGACUGGCCCGUACGGGCAGGGGCACCUUCUUUACCUUUUACUCUGAGUAAAACCAAGUUGGAUACACACAACUGCUAUUCCUCUCACAGAACUACAAUUCACAGAGUGGUUUAAUAACCAAUCCGUCUUUCCAGGGAACUCUUGAGAACUGUAGCUCUUGGAAGGGGAAUAGGGGUCUCCUAACAACUCUCAACUCCCUUAACAAAUGCCAUUCCCAGGAUUCCUUGGGGAGAAGUGAAACAGCCAUUGGAAGUGGAACAAUACUGCUUUAAAUGUCUAGUGCAGAUGGGGCCAUCUGAUUUUUUGUUUGAGGAGGCAUUUAGAUGGCAGAGGUGUGGAUGAUGGCUCCAGAUUUUGUAGAGCAAUCACCCACAACAAUGUACCAGCGGAUCGCUUUCCUUGCUUGCUACAUAGUUAUUGAAUAUAGUACGUACAUAUUCAUUCUCACAGGAUAUGCCUCCCUGGAUGAUAGUGGAUAAGAUUGUAUCCUUUAAAUUUAAUAACACUCCUUUCAAGCUGCUGGAAUUCAUACCAGUACAGACCUCAGAACUAAUAGGACCAAAGGCAUAAUUACCUGCAAGAUAUAUCAAGUUGAAAACCAAAGGGAACACUGAAAUUUUUGCUCCUAUAUGUUGAACUGAAAAUUUGAGAUAAAAGGCGCUGAAUUGGUGAUCUAUAUUAAUAAUUCAGUGUCAGAAAGAACUACUAAAAAUAACUUUGGCACAUAUCAACUCCUACAGAAAAGCUGUUAAGACCUAUUGCCCAUGUAUAAGACAGCAGUUUGACUUCGUGGAUUGCUGAAAGAAGACUUCUCUUAGCUUUCUGUUCUUUGUUCAAAGGUGCUAUUGACUUAGCAGCCCAAAGUGCCGGUAUUAUUCCUGGCAGUCCUUUGCCUGUUCUGGAUACUGAAGGCCUGUCGGGCGUAUCCCCACUGUCACCGGAUGCAGUGACCGCGGUGGUUUCAGGGCAAGAUUCAACAGCGGCACAUCACAACGGAGGCUCCAUUGUUGCGGUCAGUUUUCUUUUCUGUUAAGGCCUACAAAGGUUUAAUUCUUGUAGAACUGAUUCUAGGCUACUGCUGGAUAGAACCUUGCAAUGUGCAUGAUAGACUAACAUGGCCAAAAGCCCAGCGAUAUCACCCAACAUCGCUGUGAUGGCUUGUCUAUUAUUUUCUCCCUCCCUUGGACCUGCAGUCAAAGAGUUUGGUGCUUAUUUAAAAUCAAAGUGUGAAAUUCAGCAUUUCACUCCCUCCUCUUACUGCUUUAUUCUAUAAUUUUCUAGACUGUUCAGCAUUAACAAUAACAAAAAGCAUGAGCAGUACACAAAAUAAAAUGUGGCAUGAAAUAAAACAUAACAUAUAAAUAGUAUAGAAACAAUAAAAUAUAACAAUAGAAGUACAAAAAACCUCAGUCUUAGGGGUAAGGAAAGGCCUGAAUCCAGGGUGAAAUGGCUCAAGAUAAUAAGUUUCCUCCAAGAAUGUGCAGCUAAACUCUCAUUACCCUCUGAAGUACCUUGCCCAGAAAGAGGGCAUUUUCAACUGGACAAUAUUUGUCAAGUAGCUUAGGGUCCUCUGCAGUACACAGUUACCUUCAUUGUGUACAUUCCUAGUCCCUUUGGGGAACCUGUAGCACUCUGGAUGACAUUGGACUACAGCUCCCAUCAUCCCUUACCAUUGACCAUACUGACUAGGGCUCAUGGCCGUGAUGUCCCCUGAUGGGCUAAAUUAAAUCCUGUGUUAACUGCACGUGCCUGUUCCCAACAGGCACACAAAGUCAAACUGAGAAGAAUUUCACGCCACUUAUCCUGCUCAGUUCAGCUUGCAAACUGCUUCCUUUGUUCAGCAGCACCUGACAUCAGGUUAUAAGUGGCUGGCCUGUGUACCUGUCAGAUUUGGCCAGUAAGGACAAUCCUGAUAAGGAUUUGGCCCGUGGAGCCAAAAGGGUUCCCCAACCCUCCUGCAAACCAUGCAUUCCCCUCCUUCCAUACCAUCCAGUGUCUUGGGUUUUCCCAGCGUGUUCUAAAAUUCUGGCAGGAAAAUCCUCAUGGGGCGAGCGUGUUACAAAUGAUACGUAAAACUGUUUCAGCAAAUCUAAAUUCUGAAUUUGGAUUUCUUUGGCAAGGUGGAUUUUGCUGGGGCAGGAACUGAAUAAAUCUAGUCCCCAUGAGAGCAGUGGAACAGGCACAUUACAGCCUGCCCUUGUUAAAUAUGUAUUCUCCAUCCCCUGAAAGUCUGAUUUGGUCGUUCUUGGUUGCACUUUCCAGGGCUCAAGCAGCGAGUGUCAGGUUCCAUUUCUUGGCCUACCACCAUGCUCUGAGCAGGAGGCAAUCCCGGAUGGCUUCCAGGUAAAAUACAAGCUUUUCGAUUGACAACUACUUGACCUUCAGGGUGACAAACACCUUUUUCUUUUCUGCUGCAUAUUAAUGCUUUAUGUGAAACCCAGAGUUGAGCUUCCUGGGGUAUGUUUAUUAAAGGUCACAGUCCAUCACACUUUCGCUGCGUGAGAAUUGUAUGUAGGCACCUUGUUAGAAGCUUUCGUCCAUUUAGCAGAGUUUCUGGGAAGCAGUGGUCAGCAGUUGAAGUUACACUUUGAGAUGAAACACUCACAUCGACGCUGUACACCUCAAUCAAGUGAUAUUGCUUGACCGGUCAUAAGUGCAUCACGGUGGCACUAUUUUCAAUCUUUAUAGCAAUAGCUGUAAUGGCAUACUUAAGUUUCAGUCCCACUUUCUCUUUAGCAACAACGUAGGCAAUGACACAGUCCAUCACAAUGUUUUCCUGAAUAUGAAUUGUCAUUGUGGAAGCUAUUGCAGUCAAAAACUGGAGACACGUCAGCCUGGCAUCCACUGACCUGCCUCCUGCUUGGUUCCACACUUUGCAAUAAGGAACUUUGUUUCUGAAUGCUGUCCCUUUGCUCUCUUAUAGAAGGACAGGGACAUGAAACAGCCAGGCAGAUGGCUCAUUCCAAUCCACCAGGCUUUGUAUACUUGGAAAUCCUUGCAGGCAGUUAUAGAAGGGCAGCACAAAACUUUGAUAGCCAUAGGGACACUUGUUUUAAUCCCAAACAUGAUCUCCUCUCUGCUUUCAAUGUGCUUUAGAAACAUAGUAUUUGUUGACUGAUUUAAGUGCUCUCACUGCAUGUACGUAUGUAUGUACGUACGAACAUACAUAUGUACGUGUAUAUAUACACACACACACACACACACACGUGCAUAUAUACAAAGAGCAAAGAAGCUUCCCCCGACCCCAGCCCCCAGAACGGGUCCAAGAGCGAUGGCGAAGUUGCGCGCAGCUUCACCAUCGCUCUCGGAGCUUGCGGGGCUGGGGGCGGGGGUGGGGGAAGCCGGAGCUUCCCCUGACCCCAGCCCCCAGAACGGGUCCGAGAGCGAUGCCGAAGUUGCGUGCAGCUUCGCCAUCGCUCCCGGGGCUUGCGGGCUGGGGGGAUAGCUUCCUGAAGCCUGGAGAGCGAGAGGGGUCGGUGCGCACCGACCCCUCUCGCUCUCCAGGCUUCAGCGAAAGCCUGCAUUCGCCCCAUAGGACGCACACACAUUUCCCCUUCAUUUUUGGAGGGGAAAAAGUGCGUCCUAUAGGGCGAAAAAUACGGUAUAUAUAGGUGAUGAGCAUAGUGACUGCUGCAGCACUAGCAAUUGGCAAUAACUCUAGCAGUGCAAGAUUCCAGGGGUCUUGGUACUUAACCCAGAUUUGUGCUUCCUUUGGAAUAAGGCACAGUGGAAGCUAUGGUGUCUUUAUGAUGCAUGGUUUUAUUUACACACAUUUAUAACCUGAGCCUACAGUGGUGGGAUUUCCAGCAUUCACAUCUCAAGAGCGACUUGCUUCCUACAGAAGCACAGCAUUGGAUUCAAAGGCAGCCAAACAGCCAUCUCUUAUGUCUCUUUCUCAGCCUUUUCUAGCCAGCCAGCCAAGAGUUCUGGGAGAUCUGAUUUCCACCAUAACCACCACCAUCUAGAGUGUUUUGUUGGCAGUGUUAACUUUUUGUUGCCCUGACCCCAGUUUUGUGUAGCUUUCUGAUCCGUAGGUAUAGUUUUCCCAUCUGUAAAAUCAGAAGUUAGAGUGACCAUAUGUCUGUGCCAGAUUGGAAAGAGGGGCAUAGAUGGGCAGUUUACCAUGACAAUAGCUUGUUGGUUGGCCACACACUUUGCAUGCGGAUGAUCCCAGGUUCAGUCCCUGGCAUCUGCAGGUAGACGGUGCUAAGUAAGGUGGACCAGUUCUAUCCUUCAAUUUUAGGAAGCUUUCUGUGUUCAAAGAAAUAUAGGCAGAAUUGCUAACUCCUAGUUUGAUUGAUUCCUAUGCCUUUAAAAUCAAAGUAGCAGUGCAACAAUUUCAGAAAAUAUACAAAUAAUGACUUAGAAAUAUUAUUAUAUCUGCUUGCUGCCACAGGGAGCACCUGUCCUUUCUCUACCAGAACUGCCAAAAACCUCUCUCCAGAAUGGUCUCGCCACUCCUCCGCUACCCUCAUCUGAUGCUUCUGGUACCCAUUUGUCUCCUCCCAAUGUCUCUGCUUUAUUGGAUAUCUCUCUUCCUGGACCCCCUGAGGAUGUUCUGUCUCAAGGAGAACCUGCUACUCAGAUCAGUGACUCUAUCAUUGAAAUAGCAAUCAGCUCUGGUCAAUAUGGUAAGAGAUGAAACUAUUCUAAAUAGCUAAUCAGUGGUUAAGCAUCCAAAAGAAUUGUUACAGCUGUGAUUCUGUCAGGAUUUUUAGUAGAGGAAUGUUCUCUUGAAAGUCGGCUGUGCAUUUUUACACAUACUUCUGUGUCUCUGGCAGAGCUGUUUUUUAACUCUCUGGAUUUAACUGAGCAGAUGUUCUUGACAGAAUUGCAUCUUAAUUUUGACAGUAGAUCAUGGAAGUAUUUCUUUUGAACCCUCCCUGAGUCAAGGAGAAUAUCACUUGUUUAGGCCUCUUAAAAUUGGGCCUCUCACUAUUGCCCCAUUUAGAUUCAAAGCCAGGCAGAUCAAGGGACAAGUUUUUGUAAGUUCUGCAGUAGGGAGUUGUGUUGACUAUUGUUGCUGCUCUGCUAUGGUUGGGAGGGGGUAAUUUGGACGUCUUGUCUGCUGUGUGGCCCACAUCAAGCAUUUGUUUGGAUUAUGUCAGGAAGGAAGUCAUAUCUGUGUGCAAUGCCCACGCCUCCUUAAGGACACAGUCUCCAACUGUUUGUCAUACGGAAUUGGUCACUUUCUUUUAAUAGGCGAGAAUGUUCCUCUGUCCCCAGCAAAGCUGAAUGGCAGCGACGGCUCGAAAAGUCUUCCAUCCCCUUCCUGCAGCCCCCAGCAGAACUGGAUUGCCUCUCCUAGUCAUGAUCCACAGUGGUACCCCAACGAUUCCACAGACUCUUCCCUCAGCAGCUUAUUUUGUGAGUAGUACUGCACAGGGGAUUACAUUGGUUGUAAUCUGGACUUUUUUACUGGACUUGCAAUUCUCCCCCCUCCCCCCUUCUUUCUCCUGAGGGUAGGGGUUGUCAGCUUUGUUCAUUGCCAAAGCUCAUGCUCUAGAGACGACCCAUCUUAAAUUAAAUGUAGUGAAAAACGUCAACAUACUUUUUCAUGAACAUGGGUGAAAGUCACACGGGGAUUGUGCCAGUCCAUGUGGUAGGCUAGGGGAAUGGCAGGAGCAAUGGUACCAGUGACACAAUCCAAGCCCAGCAUUGCUAUGACACUGUUGCAAACAACAGUAACUUUGUACACCUUUCCCCCAUUGCCCCUACUACAGUGGUACCUCGCAAGACAAAAAACUCGCAAGACAAAAAACUCGCUAGACGAAAGGGUUUUUUGUUUUUUGAGCUGCUUCGCAAGACGAUUUUCCCUAUGGGCUUGCUUCGCAAGACGGAAACGUCUUGCAAGUUUGUUUCCUUUUUCUUAACACCGUUAAUACAGUUGCGACUUGACUUCGAGGAGCAACUCAUAGAACGCGGCGUGGUAGCCUUUUUUGAGGUUUUUAAAGACUUUGGUGAUUUUUGAAGCUUUUCCAAAACUUUCCCGACACCGUGCUUCGCAAGACGAGAAAAAUCGCAAGACGACAAAACUCGCGGAACGAAUUAAUUUCGUCUUGCGAGGCACCACUGUAAUACUGUUUCCUUCAUUGUAUUUAUAAAAUUAAUUAUUGAAACAGAGUAUUGUGGAGUUGGAAGGGACCUCGGGGGUCAUCUAGUCCAACCCCCUGCAAUGCAGGAAUCUUUCGCCCAACAUAAGGCAACAUCCCAUGACCCUGAAAUUAAGAGUCUUAUGCUCUACGAACUGAGCUAUCCCUGUCCUACUAUUCACAAAAGAAUUUUACAACAAUUGUACAUAAAACCAUAUGAAAGUUUAAAAUAUGAGGUCAGUUAACUAUCACAAAAUGAUAUUUUCUUAACUGGCAGCACAGAAAAGUUUUGAACAGGCACUUAAAGGUUGAAACAGAAGGUACCUGCUGAAUAUUAGCAGAGUAUUCUACAGUACUGGGGUAACGACACUAGAAGCUCAAUUUCUUGUUGCUGUCAAAUGAGCCUCACUAACUUGGAGAACAACUAACUGUGCUCUUGAAGGUGAUCUCAGUGAUUGAGCUGGGAUAGAAGUAUUUAAGCCAGUGAUGGCCAAACUUGGCCCUCCAGCUGUUUUGGGAUUACAACUCUUAUCAUCCCUAACUAACAGGACAAGUGGUCAGGGAUGAUGGGAAUUGUAGUCUCAGCACCUGGCCAUCACUGGCCAACAAGUUUGGCCAUCACUGAUAAGGUAAUCUGGACCUAAGUAGUUCAGGGCUUUAUAAAUUAAUUUAAGGACCUUGCACCUGUCUCAUAGUAGAUGAGCAGCCAAGUGCAUAUGUUUUAACAAUUGUGUCACAUGUUCUCGGCUAGAUGCCCCCAUCAGGAAUCUGGCUGCUACAUUCUUCACCAGCAGAAGCUUCCAAAUCAUGACCAAGGGCAGCCCCAUAUAGAGCUCAUUGAAGUAAUCCAGCUUCAAGGUUACCAAGACAAGGACUAUCCAUGUCAAGCUGUCCAUGUCCAGGAAUAGCCGCUGCUGGCAAAACAGACAAAGCUGGCAAAAGGCACUCCAAACCACAAAGGACAGUUGGACCUCUCGUGAUGGAGAUGUAUCCAGGAAUGCCCUCAAAAUAUGCACCUCCUCCUUCAAAUGGAGUGCCAUCCCAUCCAAAAUGGGUGGUUUGCCUCUCCCAGAGAACCACCCAAGCAAAGAGCACUCAUCUUCUCAGGAUUCAAAUACAGCUUAUUGGCCCUCAUCCAUGAAUUUUUAUUUCAUUAUUGAUUGUUACUGUUUAAUCUUAUAUUUAGCAGUGCCUGUACCUACUAUCCAAAUGCAGUCUUUAAAUGAACAAAGAGAGUCACAACCAGCCCAUAAACCAGCCCUCAGAAUCCUCAAAAUGCCAAUUCUGAAAGCUGAGCAUAUUGGCACUUAUUUACUUGUCUUGCCAGAAACUUGAAGGUUUGCUUGGUUGGUUUUUCCUAAUCAAAAAUUGUGUUAUUUACAGUAUCAAGUAAUGUAUUAUAUGAGGUACAUAAUAAUAUACCAAUGAUGUGCAUAUUGAUAUGCUAGUAUAUGUCCAAAACAUUCUGCAUCCCCUACAGUUGAGGAGGUAAUUUUUUUUUAGGGUUUAGCCCAGUUAAAUCAGGUACACACAUCUUGAUUAUAUGUUAAAAAGUGGGUAAAUAGCUUGUAGGAAGCUCUUUGUACCUCCCCCAUCCCUCAAACCUAGCAAUUAAAAUACUGACUGGCUGACUUUAUCAUUUUGUUUUUACAGCAAGCUUCCUUUCCCCAGAAAAGGGACGGAAAAUGCUGCCAACCUCUACUAGUAGUAACACAAGCAGCACCUCCUUAUUGGGACCGAGUCUGCUGGAUGGAAACUCGCGGGACUCUUUUGUGUCCCGGUCCCUGGCAGAUGUAGCUGAGGUACGUCCAUAUUUAAUUGGUGCUAUGCUGUGCCAGCCUUCAGCUGAAAGAGGGAUAGUAGUCUUGUGACACUUAGCGUAGAAGUAUUUUUUCCAGACUUCCCCCUUUCCAGGUAAUUAAUCAAAGCAUGUGUUAUAAUUGAAUUUUAACGUUUGAAAGGGAAAAAUCCACAAAUCCUGAUGCAAAGUCAGCAUCCCCUAUGUACAUAAUGGAAAAGAUGGUAUUUCCCAGCAGCAAAAUACUGGUUUUGAGUGCAAUAAUGGAAAAAUGCAGUAAUUGCUGCAACAGAAGUUCCAUCUUCUUCAGGGAAAACCUCCGGAUCUUGCACAAUGAAUUAGCAAUCCAGCUAAUUUGUUCUGUUGGAACUGGCUAAGGAGAGGAAUCCCCCCCCCCACCAUUUAAUUAUAGGACCAAGGCUGGUGACACAGGAUUGCUAAACUGCAGUUGCUUCCCUUUUUAGUUGCUGGAGAGUGCACUGAACGGAUGAAUGGAUGUGCGGGUUCGGCAUGUGACUCAGCCUUUCCUAUUUAGUAUUUAACACAAAACUGAGAAUUCCAGUAAUCUCUGUAUUCUUUUUUUGAUCUCCCCUAGUGGAGGAAGGCAUCCUCCCACUUGCUUUAAUUUGCAGGGUUUAUUAGAUUUGGAAUCCUCAUAACUGUUUGGUAUAGAAAGAAUGGCCUUUUCCUCUUCUGGCCAUAGCUGUUCUGCAGCGGCAGGACUUAGGACGAGCUCUGCUGUCAUUUCCCAUUAAUUUUCAUUUAUUUCACAUAUUUGUAAGCCACCAUUCAAGACUAUAGGCUUCCUGAGGCAGAUUACAUCAAUAACUUUGGAAUGCUCCCCAAUGCACAGCAUCACCACCAACCCACAUACAAACACAGCUCCCUCAGGGAGAAGAGUUCUAGUCCUCCACUUCUUGGGUUCUCUUGUGCAUUCGGGGAGCUUUUGACUUAGCAGGAUUUCCAAAGCUGUGAGCUGCUCACCUGAACUCUGCCCUAGUACUGUAAUGUAUUUAUCUAUUUGAUUUCUUGCCUGCCACUCACCUUGUUACAAUGAUUUUAAAAUACAGUAUUUAAAACAGUUAAAACAGAUUACAGUCAAGGCAGUGGGGUGGGUCCUAAAAUGAAAAUCUUGGGUAUCAAAGGCCAGGUUAAAGAGGUGCAUCUUCAGCGUGGUAUGAAAACUACAUAAUGCAGGUGUCAAACACAGCAGGGAGGGAGUUCCACAGCUUAGGGGUGGCCUUUUUUCCUGAACAUUUGGGUCGCCCCCCUGCUGGAACAUAAUAAAAUGCACAAAUCUGCAGUUUCUUCUCAUGACCCACUGUACGUCUUGCUCUCCAGAGUCUCUAAACUCGAGCAUUAUAGGCAGAAUAAUUUGCAGAGUGUAGUCAUAGCACAGAUUUUGGAUGUGCUCAGUGCAGCAUCCAGGAUUUACUUUUCCCUGCUGAGUACACCCAACCUGGCCUAUGUUCAGUUUAGCUUCUCCAGACUUUCUGAUAUGGCCAAGCAAAAGUGGCAAGACCUAAACUGUAAAUAACCUACCCUCUCUUUUCUCCCCCAUCCCCUUCUUUGCUUCUAGAUAGUAGAUUCCCAGCUGGCUUGCAUGAUGAAUGAGAACAGUAUAGAUUACAUAUCUCGUUUCAACGACCUUGCCCAGGAGCUGUCAAUACCUGAGCCAAACCGCCGAGAGAUCCACUUUGAUGGAGGAAGUGAUGGCCCUCCCAUUGGUGACCUCUCUCAGUGAGCACAUUCACCCAGCUGGCUGGUGGAAACCAUUGAACUAGCUAUGUAACCUGGAGAGAAGUGAUGUCAUAGCUAUGCAGUGGAUACUUUUGUUGUCCUGAUUAGAGCAUGCCUCAUAAGAAGAUCAGUGUUGUCUUCAACAGUCUACAGUUCCUGGAAUGUGCAAUAUGCUAGGAACAAUACAACUGGGAGCAGUAUUAUAGGAAAUGACAUGUGUAAGCUGAUUACAGUACUAGUGGAGUUUACAAGACAGCCCCGGAUUUAUGCUCUGGGCAAGAAAUCCCACAAGCUAUGUUUUUAUACAGUAAACCAAACCCUUGUUGUCAUAUCCGCAUUUAAGCUGGAGGGUGGGGGUGAUAAGAUGGUAUGCUAUUUUUUUAAUCUUUUUUUUAAAAAAAAUAAUGAAUAAAUAUACUCCUCUCUUAGUCUAUCACAAUUGGCAUUGUUGACCAGUCAGUCAGAUGGAUAAUUCCUUGCACUUUCCUGUCAGGCAGCAGUUAAUACCACUUUGCUUUUACCAGAAUUCUUUUUGACUCACUCACAUUCAUCAACAUUCCAGCAUGGUGUGAAAAGUGCUGUGUCUGUUCCUACUUUAGAAAGAAAAACUGGAGUAGGAUCCGAGAGCCCCUUAAGAAUGCUCCUUUCCUUAUUCUUGUAGAUGGGUGUGGUGUGCCGGUGUGCCUGUGCACAUGUGUGUGCACAUGAAUAUAUGCACACCACCUUAACCAGCAUCCCUUUGACUGAUUCUGCUUGCUUGCUUUUAGUUUUUAGUUUUUACAGCAAAUACUUCCUGAUGCAAAGGUGGUCUUACUCCCCAAGGGCUCUUAUAUUCCAUUUUUCUCUUGAGGAAUAGAAACUUUUUCAGGAGGCUCUCUAACCUCACUCCCAAUUCAUUCUCUUUCCCCUUGUUAACUUCUCUGCAUAUUUCCCUCCUUCCCUUUUAAAUAUUCACUUGCUUUAUCUUAUGAAUUCUGCAAGCAGGAAGCAUUUUACAGUACUCUUUCCUGUGACAGUAGAAAGGUAAUGCUUUUACUUUGUCCAGCAAAUGAGGUGAGAAAGCUGCUAUUCCACUUUUGUAAAGUUAAUUCCCACAUGGCAGUUCAAGUUGUUCAGCUCCUUCAUGAAAGCCUAUAUAAACUGCAUUCUUUAGGAUAUGCUAUUUACUUGUGGGUAAUGGGAAACCUUUAAUCAAUACUAGUGUGAAAUUAAGCAGAUUUAAAAAAAAACUAGCUGGAACUCUGCUUUGCAAACAUGACCUGUUCUCUGGUGAUAACCCCUCACCCUUUACUGUUUUUAUCAAGCAUUAGAUGGGAAGGUGACUUUAGAAGCCUGCCCACAGUGGUGAGGUGGUCUCACUAGAAUGACUUUCCCUGGCAAAGGGACCUAAAAGUCACUGCCAAUCUCCAAUGGUUCCUGCAUUUCUGGGACCGGAAUCGGGACCCCUUUUCUGAAACUGUUCCUGAAUCAUUCUGUCUUCAAGGGCAGUCAAGCAGUCUGCUAGUAUAUCUCCAAGCUCUGCAUAUUUGCAGAACUGGAGAGGCUGUCCUAGGUUUAAAGACUUAAUUUGUGUUAUAUUUGUGUUCAUCUCUUGAAUGGCUGAGCUCAUCACCUGAACAGGAAACUGUCCACAACUUCAGUUUUCGUAGGAGAGUAUCAGAAUCAUGUAUACUUUCGUGGGAUUAUCAUAGCAUUGUCCUUCCCUGACAUUAUUGUCGUUUUUUUGCAAAUAAUCCCUCUUUCUAGGAUUCUGCCAUGGUUACUUAGGAGCACACAUUUGUAAUACUUCAGGGCAAAAGCAUUCUUGCCAUCCCCUGUUACUGAUUAUCAGACUAGUGGUCCGGCAGUUUGGAAAGCCCCAUACAGCUCUUUGUGUGCUGGGGCUUGCUUAUUCUCUUCUAAAAGCAGACAGAAUGUUUUGUAAAAUGCAAUGAUGCAUUCAUGUGAGUGUGUGAAGGCUUUUCAUUAUAGAAGAAAAUUUGGACUCUUUGUGUAUGGUGAUUUCUGAUUAUGCAUUUAGCAACAUGGCCUAGAUACCGCUGUGCCAAAACAUGUUUAUUCUACCUGUCUGCAUUUUUUUUGCAGGAGCAUUUCAGGCAGAGCCCAUUUUCUGAUCCGUCCUUGAAAUGUUAUCAGUUCUAUCGUCCACAAAAGGCCUUUGUUCAUAUGAGACAUUGCCUGUGGACAUUUACGUUAAUUCGUUAUAGGUCUGCAGGUGUGGGUGGGUUGGUUUUUUAAUGAAAUCAUUUUUAACAUUCUGUUUCUGAUGUAGGGAGCCAUUGGCCCUCCAGGUGUUGCUGAACUGCAAUUCCUAUCACCCCUAUCCAUUGGCCAUACUUGUUGGGACUGAUGGGGGUAUCGUUCAGAAACAUCUGUUCUUUUUGAUUAUAGUCUCUUAUGCCACACCAUUUCCAUUCCUCCUAUUACUAAAAGGAUGGAUUUGUAGCAAGCUUAUGAAUCCCUCCAUGUGCCCAGAUUAUUUACCAGCCUUACAGCUUAAUGGGAUCUGCAAAUUUGUCCUUUGUGUGCUGACAGAUUUACCUUCUGCCACCAGCUUCCUCCGUUUGAGAAAAGAUGGAAUGUUGUGUCAUAGUUAUUUUUAUCAAUGACGAGGCCUGCAGAUUUUAAUAUCAUUUGAUGCCUGAAACAGAACCAGAGCAUCAGAAAAGUAGACAGAACAAGGAGCCAAUUGUCCAAUUCUAAACAGUUAUGUAGUAAAGUUUCUAUAUCAACUCCUCUUUCUCCCAAAGUAUUUUCCCCAUGCAAAUUCAGUUUCCAAAUUCUUGCUAAUCACCUUUCCAGUUUCUAAAGAUAGGAGUCCAUAAAGAUUAUAAACACUGGCCAUUUGGCCUUUUAUCUUGCAUAUAAAAUUACAUGAACAAUUAAGAUUGUGCACUUGAAAUAAAAAACCAAUAAUAAUGUUUAACUUUGAGUCAGUAACUGCUGCUACUCUUCAAUGAAGCAUUAGUAAUGUGUCCAUUUUGGAGCUUUCUGGUGUUGAGUUACCAAAGCAUCCAUACAUUUGAGACACAACAUUGAUUCUAGGGCUGCCGCUGACGUUUUGAAUGCAGGAGUUGGUUUUGAAUUGUACUGUUUCAGCCACUUUGAACUAAUAAUGAACUUUUACUUUGUUUGAAACUUGCUGAAAUGUAUUUUGAGACAAACUAUCUGCAGACCCAACUACUUUGAAGGUGAAUUGUCCUCUUGCCUUACCUUCACAUUUGCCUGAGGCAUUGAGAGAAGGUUGUUCUGUGGAUAUAGCUGGUUUCCAUUCAUGAGUGAGGUUCCUGAAAAACUAUAUGCUUCAGUUUUUUUCUGCUAUCACAUGGUUUGUUAACAGGUGUAUUAUAAAUUGGUCUACUUCCUAGUAUAUAUGCAGUGAAGAAAAAUAUGUCUUGUAGACCAGGGAUAGGGAAUCUCUGGCCUUCCAGAUGUUGUUGGACGCCAUCUGAUAUCAUCCCUGACCAUUCAUUGGCCAUGCUACCUGGGCUAGUGUGAGUUGGAAUCUAAUAACAUCUGGAGGGCCACAGCUUCCCCAUUACUAUUGUAGAUCCACAGAAUAGGGCACUGGGAAUCAGAUACUAAUAUUCCUAGCCUGAUAAAAAAAAUUAAGAAGAAUACAACCUAAUUUAUUGGCCAGAUUCUGAGUGCCUAUAUUGCUUCUGCAUUGCAUUUUGAUAGGCCGGUUAACUCCUCUGAAUAUUUUUCUGUAAUCACUAGCACAGAACUUAACAGUAACUUCAUUCCACAAAGCCCAUUGAAAUUAACAAAAAUUUUGGAGGAGCAAAUUCCCUAUGAAUUGUGUCCAAACAGCACGGUGGUUGUUUUUUUUCAAGCAAAGUUGUUUAAAGUUGGCAUUACACAACCUUUUUCAUUAUCACUCUCCUAUCUUUAAUGCUUUCCAGCCAGCAACUUAGGUCAAAUCAUAUCAGCCAAGAUGUCUUGUCCACUGACUUUUUGACUUGACAGUUGGAUUUUAGUAUUUCAUUUUGGGUUUACUUUUUUAAUCACAUGCACGCACACACACACACACACACACACACACACACACACACACACACAGAAGUUGGAUACAUUUGUAAGGAAAAUACUGCACUUUUGAGUUACCGAGCCCUUUUUAAAACUCAAUUCUCCAGACUCCCCAGUGAUCUGUAAAUGCUAAACAAGUGAAAACGUUUGCAAGCACUACAGCAGUAAGUUAUCAUUAGUUGCCAAAAUGUGAUAACUGGCUUUAGAGCUUGUGGGUUUGACAGCAGACUUUGUUGCUGUAUAUUUUAAUAAUAGUUAAGCCAUAUCAUCUAAAGGUUUUCUGUCUUGUUUUGAGAUGUGAAUUUGUUUUAUAGAUAAUAAAUAUACAUAUAUAGUGUAUGUAUAAAGCAAGAAUGCCUGUCCUUAACUGAUUAUUUUUUUGUACCAUAUUGUAAAUUAUAUUAUUUAUUCUUUACCAAUUUUUGGAAAAGGAAAAGGUGUUUGGGUUAUUUAAUAUAAUAUACAAAAGCUGUUAACUUCUUCUGUUUUCAAUUUUCAAUUCAACUUGUAAAGUUGUUUUUAUGAUUGUGCAUAAAUACAUACUAAUCCUUGGUCUAAGUCAUGUGUUUGCUGUCGUUUUUGCCCUAAGCACUGAUAGAUUUUCUUCUGACUGGGAAUAUGACUUGAACUGCUACCUCAGUGGAACAGGGGGGAAAUAAGUCCUCUAAGUAUUAUGUACUUAGAUCUGUGUAAUGGAGAACACCCAUCCUUAGAUUACAGACCCUUCAAGUUAUCCUACCUAUUUUUAUGUUUGGGGCUGAGCUCCAAUACUUACAUAGCCAAAAUGGCACCACCUAUGCACGGUAUAUUUGGAGGGUUCCCAAGGUUUGCAGAAGAACAAUAAGUCUUUUGGAGGAGAAAAAUUAUUGGGGGCUCCGCAAAAACAGCCUGAUGAGGACCAAGAAUGCACAGUGCCCACAGAAUGCUGAUUGAAGAGAAACCAAUAAAUGAGGGGAAAUAGAGCAUCCUGUACAAGGGGCCAUGGCUCGCUGAAGGGAAUCCUGAACAGGAGUUUCACUGAACACCAUUUUGUUACAAUUCAGUUUUAAAUUUUAUGGCACUCAAGGCUGGAUUAUUGACAACAGCAAGAAAUAUCUGCAGCUUGAGGAAAAAAGGGUGAUGGGGGAGCAUAUUGUAUAGUAUACGGUAAUCUGUGUUGCACAUCCAAACUGUUAGCAGUGCACUGUCAUCUACACUUGCAAUCAAAAUUAUUCAACCCCCAUUGCAAAUCAGGUUUAUUAUCAAACUUUACAGUCUUUCAGCUGUUUGCAAUGAGCAAAUCGUACAAAAGCAAUUUAAAUAGCUCAACAUAAUGGAUGCUUCAAGUGGUUUCCUCAAAUUCAGCUGAAAUUGCAACACAGACUUCUCCAGUCUCACUAUUAUUCAACCCCCUGAACAAAAUCUCACCCAAAAGCACAAAUGCAACAGGUGUUGUCUCAAGGGCUUCAUUGUUUGUAUCCGUUGUGUUGAGCUAUUUCAAUUGCUUUUGUUUGAUUUGCUAAUUGCAAACAGCUGAAAGUGUGUAGAUUUUGAUAAUAAACCUGAUUUGCAAUGGGGGUUGAAUAAUUUUUAUUGCAACUACCUUCCCUCAAAACCCCAUGGUUGCAUCUAAAGGCUUUACAAAGGACUGACAAAGGGCAUAAAUACUAUGGCUAACUGGUCCUAUGGAUAGUUUGAUUUGAAGUAUAUAACGAAGUUAGGUCCAUUAAUUUCAGUAGGUCUGCUCUGAAUUAAACUUAGUUGAAUACCUCCUUAUAUAUGGGGUGGUUUCUUGCAAGCCGCUUGAGUUUCAUACAAAGAAAAGCAAUGUAUACGUUUUAAAAUUCACAAAUAAAUGAAUCCUAAUAAAGUGAACCUCUUAAGAGUAACUUAGCCUGUAGCCUUUUCAAUUACACUCCGGCCCCAAGGAAGCAAAUGCUGAGAAGCUGACUAGGGUUCUUUAAACCUUAAAGGCCAUUGCCAUUUGCUGCCUUCUUCCAGACCAAUGAGCGCUGGAGAUAUAUGAAAUGGCAGUCUUCUUUGGUGAUCACUCGUAGCCAAGUAAGAUUGUCUUCCAUAAACACAGUUUUAACAAUGAGUCCGUAAGUGACUGUGGAGGCCAAUUCUGAACCCACACAUCCUUCCACAGUGGGGACAUUUGUUUCCGGGUGGGAGUUGAUCACAGCGUGGAUUUGCCAAGUGUGCCUUCCUUUUAACACGUUUCUCCCUUGCAUCCUGAGUUCAAGUGUCUUCAAAACCCAUGACACCUUUGGUAAAGGCUGUUCUCCAACUGGAGCACUCACAGGCAAGUGUUUCCCAAUUGUUGGUGUUUAUGCUACAUUUUUUUAGAUUUGCCUUGAGACAGUCUUUACGCUUCUUUUGUUGAUCACCAGCAUUACGCUUUCCAUUUUUAAGUUCGGUAUAGAGUAGUUGCUUUGGAAGAAGAUAAUCAGGCAUCCACACAACAUGACCAGUCCAACGAAGUUGAUGUUGAAGAAUCAUUGCUUCAACACUGGUGAUCUUUGCUUCUGGUAUUAGUUCGCCUGUCUAUCCAAGUGAUGUGUAACAAUUUUCGGAGACACCGUUGAUGGAAUCUUUUGAGGAGUUCGAGAUGGUGUUUAUAAGUGGUCCAUGUUUCACAAGAAUACAGUAAGGUUGGUAGUACAAUAGCUUUGUAAACAAGCAUUUUAGUUUCCUUGCUAAUGUCCCGGUCCUCAAAGACUCUGCACUUCAAUUCACUCCUAUCAAUGAGAGAGCUAAAAACUCCGCCCGCGCUUCAGGCAUCUUGCCCCUUCUUCCCGCUCCCAAACCCC